AUGUGGCGAGGUGAGUCACGCACAGUUUAUAGACCAUUUAGGUGAUCUCAAGUCAGCAGAAUUAACUUGCAUGUGGUUAAUUUUACCACAGUACUGGUUAACGUGAUCAUAAUCCUGGCUAUAAUUUAACCAAGAUUUCUGGUUAAUAAUCCACCUACACUGUAACAUAAUCUGGUUGAUUCAACCAUAUAGCCUAGUUAAAUGAACCAGGAAUCUUGGUUAAAUUAGCCAGCACUAUGAUCAAACCAGGAUUGUAGUUAAAUUAACGAGGAAAUGCAGGAACACCCCAAACAGGGUUAACAUGGAUGAUUCCAGUUAUGGACGAAAUUUUGAUCUAGACAAGGAGAACGAAAUCCAUUACCAUAGCUGGAAAGAGCAAAUUAAAAUGAGGAAAAUUGCAAAGUUUGGUUGCGAACUGUUGUAAAAUGAGGAAAAUAUAGCCUUGUGAAGUUCGCAAAUUUUGUACAUAUUUGCAUUACGCGCUGGGAAAAUAACCAUAAGUGAUUAUUUACAGGGCUAUAUUUUCCUCAUUUUACAACAUUUAGCAACCAAUCUUCGCAGUUUUACUCAUUCUAAGACGCGCUUUCUAGCUGUGGUGUUGGAUUUCGUUCUUCUUGCCUUGCCUUCUUCUUGCCUAGAACAAUAGUAAGUUUUUUAAAGUUGUGAAUUAGCCUUUCUCACGAUGACGAAUAUCCACCAUUUUUGCGUGGCAUCUAAUUCUCGUUAACCAAUGCAGACAACUAAAACAAUGUGAAGAGCAAUUUUUCAAAAUAAACUAACCAUUUACAAAGCAAAUUUACCAUCAUUUGUCAGAAAAAAUAUAAAAAGUCGCUGUUAUGUGGACUUAUUUCGCAGACUUCGGCUGAAAUGCCACCCAAAAAUGGCGGCGUGAGAAAGGCUAAUUGGUCAGCAACCAUGUAAACAACGUUGGCCAAAUUUGUUUAUAUACUGAUCACUUCUUUUUAGAACUUAUCAACAUUACUUGUGGAAUUCUAAACUCUCCCACUGGUGAACGUUCAUUAUCAGCCAAGACUUUCUUCCACAUCAUCACAGCCGCUGUCACUCAAGUCGAUUUAAAGUCCACUCCACUUUUUAAGUUUUUUACAAAUAUUUUUUCUGAUAUCAGGUACGUGUAUGAUAAAAUAUCCCUGAACAACCCUAUGUCCAGUUUAGCAUGCAGGUAUUCACACACUUACUGCAGCUAGAAUCAACUUUGCGUAUAAAUCAAGUUAUCCGAAUACUACUACAACACCAAAGUGCUUUUUGUGUUAGCAAAACACCAAAUACACUGAUCAGACGUAUUGACACCCAAUAAGUGUUAUAGGUGUUUCAAUACACGUAUUGGGUGACAUACUCAAUAAUGUAUGCAGAGCUGCAUUGAUUAAUGACAAUAAAUGGCUCAGGAAACAACAGGAUUUCUUAGCUUAUGUGUAAUGUUUCGUUGCCUCAGGAAAUGCACCUUGUUUACCGCCCGAUCUUGUGCGUGAGGAUACGCGAUUCACGCGAGGUUUGUAAAUUGAAAGUCUUGCGCGGAAAAGCAAAACCUUUCGUGGUGAGUGCUGUAAAAUCUCACGUAUGCAAUUUCUAAUCGCUUUUGUCUUGAAGACGACGUCUUCAUUGACGUUGCGAUUGUAUUUGCCAAACUGACUAGCAACAGGCUUCUAGCCAGGGUGUCAAAAGUGGCCGUCCGAAAAAUACUGUGGGUGUGACAACCUAUUUUCACAAACAUGGUAAAAAAACAUGGAGCUUGAAAUCAGUGGUGAUAUACUCAUAAUUCAGCGUAUUUUCUUGUAGAAUAGAUAAACAACGUACAGCUGAUAACCUUUUAGGUUUUAAAAAAACAUUUUCUUAGGUCGUCCAUGACCGUCUAUUAAAAAGUGGCCGUCUUAUUUUAAAAGUGGCCAUCCAUAGGACGGUUGGACGACCGCCUGGCUAAAUGCCUGACUAGCAACCCCGUUCCCAGGGUCGCUCCCUGGGACCGAGAUGACUGACUAGUAGGUAGAGGAGACUUAGGGGAGGGUGAUUAAUACGUAGAAGGGACUUAAGAUAGGGUGACUAGUAAGUAGAGGGGACAUAAGGGAGGGUGAAAGGUACUGUAGAGGGGACUUAGGGGUAGGGUGUUGUAGAGUGAAUAUUCAACUCUUACGUGAUGUGCUUGAAAACUCGCGUAAGUAGAGUUGUGAUUGGUUCCUUCCUAGCCUCCUCCGCAGUCUCUCGUGGUUUACCCGCAACCAAAUUCCGCCCGCCUAUCUAAAGGCGAUGCCUGCGGAGGAGGCUAGUUUUUUUCUGUGCUUUGAGGGUCUUUCUCCGGGUACUCCGAUUUUUCUUCCUCACAUCAGUGCUGCGUGAUCAGACAUGGUGGCAGCCAGAGUCUAGUAAACCUUUUGACGCCGGAUCACGUUUUAGUUGCGUCCUUCACAAUUCAGCACUCAGCUACAAGGAAAGAUGGUAGCCAUCCUUUCCAUAUCUAACUGAGCUCUUACUCAUUACACGAAUAGUCUGUGGUGUGAAAAUGCACGAUAUAUGAAAGUGAACAUAUAUAUUACGAAAUUCUUCUUUAACCGAUUUAGAAAGGAAACAAAUACACAGGUUUUGGAAUAUCUCCUCAGUUCUUUACUCACAUUUUGUAAAAGUGUUGCGAUUGAUUGUCGUGGACAGCUCUGUCAACUUGGUGAAGAUCUGGUACCUGCGCUGUUACAGAUAUGGAAUAAACGUCAUCCAGUUAUCAAGGUGCUCAUUUUGAGCUAGCAUUACACUUGCUCCAAGUCUCGUUCGAAUUGUCUUCAUUUUUAAUAGAGUCCACUGUAGUCCAUUAUGAGACUGAAAUAAAACUGAUCUCAUAACAGGCUGGAUAAACCCAAUUGACAAUGAAACUGAUCUCAUAACAGACUGGAUUUACCCUAAGAAGCCAGUUUGAGAGAGAAAUGGAGCAAGUCUAAUCUAGUCUCUAUUAAAACAGCUGUAGCUGAAAGACAUUCUACCACGGUUAAUGACGUCAAACGCGGAAAAACACUCAAUGCAACGUCCCCCAAUGACGUUAAAUGAAAUUUGGUUGGCUUAGCAACGAUUUGUAUUGCGAAUUGUCGCCAAAAAUUAUCCUGUGGGAUAUCACAUAAAAUCUGCGUGUGACGUCAUUUUGAAAAAGGUUUAUUGGAUACUUUUGGAUGCGGAUACUACGAUUGUGUUUUUGCGAGGUAUAUUUCUAUUAAACCGUUUUGACUGAUGAUGUAAAAUAUUUUCUUUAGGAGUGUUUAGUUGGGUUUAUGCGACUCCAGAUGAGUGUACAUCACCCUAGUGGCGUGCAUUUAGAGAAAGAUGGUGCAUGGAGUACCAAUACAGUACACUGGAAGGUAACCUGGCUGUCAUAACCUUGCUUUAUAUACCAUAAUACAGUACACUGGAAGGUAACCUGGCUGUCAUAACCUUGCUUUAUACAGUAUACCAUAAUGCAGGGCUUACAAUAGAAGCCAGUUACCCGCGGUAAAUCGCCGACCACCGGCUGUAAUUCAGUUGAGAUGUAUGGCAUGCAUUCAGUUGAGAUGUAUGGCAUGCUUCCAGCAGAAUACACUGUAUUCACUCUUUACCUGUGCUUGCACAACCGCAUAGUGAAAACUUGCCACUUUUAAAAUUUCGCUUCAACGCUCUGCUUCAUCUUCAAGAUGCCCGAAAUUUAGAAUUUAAACUGACUUUACUAAACAUGCUGUAAUGGCGGCUGAAAACGCCAUUUUAGAAGGUGUAUACUUUUCUUACACAGCUACGUACCGUAAUUUUUAAUGAAUACCCUGCAAUGAAGAAGGAAGAAAUUCGUUACUGGGAGAAUUGUGUCUUAGAGUUUUGACGUUAUAGAGAGGAUUGACGCGCACUCAAUGAAUGGCUUUGAUAAAUUAAAAUUCUAAAUUCAUUUUAGAAAUGUCUGCAAAAGCUGUACGAGUCGAUAUUAUCAGCAGAAAUCCAACAAACUAUACGAAUUAGGGGACAAAGGUACGUUUUGAUGUAAAUGAACAAUGAAGUACAGCUCGGUAUAUUGUACAUGUAGUACAGUAUAAAUGUUAUGUUUGUGAUGUUACUCUGAGUGUAUCGGACAAGCUGAAAAGUUUGCCUGACCACGGUGGGAAUCGAACUCGCGACCUUUGGGAUACUAGUCCAAUGAUACCAUGCAACUAGCUACUGUACACUCAGAGUACACUCAGAGUAACAACACAAACAUCAUAUUUACCAGUGAGUAACACCGACACACACAAAAAAGUAGUAUAAAUGUUUAUAUAAGUUGAAUGGUAUAAGCAUAUUUUGAUGAGUUGAAAGAUGGAACAUACCAAAUGAACAUACCAUUGUUUUGUACAGGACCAAAAUAAAUUAGUGUUAUUGAGAAUGAUAAAUACACACACAAAUAGCAAUCCGUGGAACCGUGCAAUGAAACGAAAACGUAUAGUGCGAAAAUCCACGGCUGGGCCAUCCAGUGGAACUUGAAAGAGUUAUUUCUAUUCAUUGACAAUAUCACGCGAUCAUAACCAGCCAGUUAAAUAUAGUAUGGUAUAUGUCGUAUAUUCCUUCCAGUACUGCACUUCAAUUCAUAUUUUAUGAGUUGAUUCAAGAUGUAUACCAAGGGACAAUUUAAUUUAUUUAAUUUACUAACUUCGCCAGAAAUAAGAAACAAGUACAACAUUACAAUAAUAUGGUAUAGGAAUAAAAAAAGGAUUGGAAGACAAGUUGAGGAAAAACAAAAAAGGGAAAGUAUAUAGCAACGAUAGUCAACUACAGGAACAAUCAAUUAUUUCUUUAUAGUUUCUGAAAAUCGAUAAUUCAAUUUGAAUUAUUCUAAACUUCAUGUCAAAUUUAUCACCAUUGCUGAAGUACACGCGACAUUUUUAGCAGACACAAAAUAUGUUAUAAACUUAAAUUUCUUUAUUAAUUUAUUUUAGUGCAAAGCUUGAGUCAGGUUUAAAAGCCGCAGUGAUAGAACUUUGUGCAGAUAUCUGUCAUCAGGUACAACAUCAGCCAAUACAAUCAAUGACAAUUAAAUCUCACCGUAAUAUAUCCCCCAUAAAAAUAAGUUCAAACCAUAUAAAUAAGCUAUCUAUUCAUGUGAAUGACGAUAUUAAACGUUCAGUGUUCAAACUUGGAUAGUUAGACUCCGUCUUUAAAAAAAUAGUUCGAUUGACAGGCUUCUUUUUCGGCAACAAGUCGUAUACUGUAUAAAGGCUUUCCUGGCUUGUUUUUGAAGGAAUGCGCGUAAUACUAAUAGGACCAAGUUCUGUUAUAUAAUCUGUUGUUAUCCUGUGUGGUUUUUAUCUUCCGAAGCUUUUCUGGUUCCACUCUGAAACUUCGUUGAUGGCAGUGGAUUCAAAUAAAUUUGAAGGUAAGUUUGUAAAUCUACGUGCUUUACCUUAAUCCAUUUCUUAUGUAAUGUAACAUGCAUGGUUGUUGACAUGCAGGAAGUAGUUUUAAUAAUAGUUCAGAAAAAUAUACGACUGGUUUAGUCUCUGUUAUCAUGAUGCAUACUAUAACUAUAUUUUUGAAAUUAUCCAACUACUGUACAUCAAUGUUCUUGAUUGGUUUCCAGGCCCUAGUUCUUCCAAACGACGUAAGAUCGAUGUCGGAUGGAAUGUUUUGAGGGACACUUUAACCAAUAGUCAAGAGACACCAGCCUUGUUGGGAUGGUAUGUAUAAGUAUAUUUAUUGUAUAGUAGAGAGUGAGAUACUGAAAAACACACAGUGAGAUAUUUUCACUAGUGAAGAUAUCGAUCAUGUGACUUUUUCCAAUUUGCUUUUGAGCGUGAAAUUUCACAAUUUUCUGCUCGGGACUAUAUAAUAAACAGAACAUCACACGGUGGCUUGAAGAUAUGACUUUUAUCUUCUCGUGUUAGAAACAACAUUUUACUCACUCGCUGCGCUUGUUCGUAAAAUUUUGUUUUCACCACUCGAAGAUAAAAGUCAUAUCUUCGCGCCGCCGUGUAAUAUCCUCUAUAUAUACCGCGCAUAAAAACGUUACCUGGAAAUUUUUUUCAAAAUCCUUUCCAUGGAAAUAGUAUGGAUCUUCGUUGAAAUAGUAGGGGAAUCCAAUUUUCAUACUAAUUACAAUUUCCAUGUUAUGGAUAUAGUAUGGAAAUAGGAUGGAUAUACUAUGGAUUUAGCGCGAUGCAAUUGCAAAUUCCAUAGUAUGAAUUUCACUUUUUUUUUUAAUCUAGAUACUUUUUCUUGCGUAUUUCUUGCUAAUCAAGAUUAUACUGAAAACCGCUUUUGCGAUGUAGGUUUCCUGGGUAAAUACUGUUAUAAUAAUAAUAAUCUUUGUUAAACUGUUAUAACACGUAUUACCUGGCAGAAAAAUAAGAAUUGUAUGUACAUUAUUCCACAAUGUCGAACGGUUUGUGCCAGUGCAGAUAUAGUGGCGAUAUGGAGAAUGACGGAUUGAAAGAGAUUACAACUUCCUGAAAAAUGCAAGCGACGUUUCGGGCGAAGGCCUUUCGUCGUUUAAUAAACGAGAAAUGAUGUUAAUAUACACACUAUUCUAUUCAAUUCACAAACUGUACCUGAUGGAUAUUUAUUAAUGUUGUUAUAACGAAAAUAAAAAUGACAAAAACAACUGAAUGAAUUCUUUCAUGUCCAAGAACUCUCAAAAUAAAUCAUCUAUCAUUAGACUACCUAUAAAUGAGCGAGUGCCAGACAUCUCAAACUUGUGAUGAGCGAGUGCCAAGCAUUGAAUGAUCGCAAUUGAUUGAGUGCCAGGCAUUGAAUGAGCGCAAUUGAUUGAGUGCCAGGCAUUGAAUGAUCGAGUGCCAGGCAUCUCAAACUUGAUCACAAGGAAAGGUUUAACCGCAGGUUCGAUUCCCGCCAGGGACCUGCAUAUGUUGUUGCAUUUCUCGCAGCUGUUUCUGGUUGGGUCUAAUCAAUGUAUUUCAAACAUUUAUUAAUAAUUCAUAAGCUUAUUGGCAAAUCAUGUCCACCAUGAAAUGUCACGUGAAGAGGCGCUUUAUACCUGACAAAACUCAUCUUCAUUAGUAUUCUUUAUAUAAAAGUCCAUCCUAAUUAGUAUGCUUUAUAUAAAGAAUACUAAUGAGACGGCAUCUAUUAUAGUCGUGUUUGAUAAAACACUCCUAGGCGCAGGCGUGUUUUAAAUAGCACAUAAAUUUCCACUCGAUAAUUUCCAUCUAUAAGACACUUCAACUAUUAACCAUGCAGUCCUAGAACAUACCCUACAGUGGAAUGACACAUUAAUUUAUAAAAUAUUCUUGACAGGUUGCAAAUAACGGCAAAACUGUUAUCAAAGUAUCCCAGUGAUCUUCCGACCAAAGAAUAUGUUCCCCUGCUUACGUCACUACAUCAACUACAGAUUGAAUGCAAAAGGUAUGAUGACGCACUUUGCGGUUUGCACAUUGUGCAGUUUGCACUACAAGCGUACCGUACCGAAGCGUAUCAAAAACAUUUUUAAAUUUCAAAAUUUAGUGAAUGUUGAUUGGCUAAUACUUCCGUAGUACGCCAAAAAGUUAACUUGUGACGUACUUUCUAUUUUGAUACGCGAAUACACCCGGGAGUACGUGGAUUUAUCAACCUUUUUUCAAUCUACGCAUGCUCACCAGUACGUUUCGGUACGGUUGAGGUGGAAAAGUGGCUUAAGUGUUGUGUUUAUUGUUAGUUGCUAGCAUUGUCGCAGUUAGACAACAGUUGCAUUUUUUAUUUUAUUGAGCUGGUAACAAGUAGCCAUGGAUAGUUGUGACUAAGUUUAGCUUAUGGCGCAAUAUUAGCAGUAAAAUUCCUAAACCCAGGCAGGAAUUACACCCUUCACAUCUUCUGCAUGCAUACCUGGCAUACUAACCUGCACGUUUAGGCUGAUAUUUCAAAUACCUGCACCGGCGUAAUAGUAGUAUAGCUCAAAAGGUGAAGUGUUGACAUUUUGCGUACUUGUAAUUCAAGCACAUUGCUGCUUGUGUUAACUGUGUACCCGGCAUGAGCGAAAAAUCUUACUGGAUGCAGAAACACCUCAAGCAAAGAAACAAAAAAACAACUAUGAAAGAGAUGUAAUUGGGAAUGGCAAUUAUUAGCCAUUUCAUAUAGCCGCUUUGAUCAUUGUUUGUGAAAUGCAGCUUUAACCAAAGUUGUCUGUAUUACUGUAAUGUAAUUGCGUUCAGGAAAUGAAUAGAUCAAUUUAUCUGAAACUUUUCGUAGGCAGGAAGUUAUCUCUACUGUCAUGAUCUGUUUGAAGCAUCUUGCUGCCUGUCAUGUUGAGUUAUCUGAAGCUAGUGUCGAAGGAAUAUCUUCUAAGACAACUUGGAGGAAUGUCUGGUUGGCUGCUUUAAGAACCUGCAGUUCACAUGGCUUACAAGAUGCUAGUUUUCAACUCUUGGAAUGCAUUGUAAAGGUAUUGUAACAUUUUUGCAACCAAUCGCCUCAUUUCCUUGUUCAACCAAUGACCUCAUUUCACGGUUUAUGGUUCGUAGUAGGAUGGAAAUUAUAGAGAGUAUAUCCUUCAAAACGAAUUAUCCGGACCAGCAGCAAUUUUGGGCAUAAUUGGUUGAAACCGCCACAGUUCCUACCGCAUAUAUAAGUGCAUGAUAUUUCACUCGCCUUAACUCGUUAUUUUUUCUUUCCUAAAGGAAAAACUUGCUGAUGCUGAUACAGAACCCUGGAAAUUGUUGACAGAUGUUGGUAGCAAUAGUUCAGAGUGAGUGUGUUAGGGCUUUGUGGAAGAUAUUCUGAAGAAUGCCUCUGGAAGAAAAGUAUUAAGCUUUCUCACACAGUUUAUCAUCUAUCAUUAAAAGGCUUGCAGAAAUUAUUGGGGGGGGGGGGGGGAGGCGGGCGUUUUUUUCACUCCUGGGGCCGGUUGUUCGAAAGGCGGUUAACUUAAUCCAGGGUUAACGGAAACUUCAAGCGAACUUCCCAACGGCUUACUCAUAAACUUGGAAAUGUUUUUCCCGAAAUUUUCAGUCUGGAUCAAUAGAGGUCUCAUUGUCUGAAGUUUUGAAACUAACAGACAUAUACUGCAGAAACACACAAACCCAAAGAGCGGGUUAAAUUUUAACCCAGGGUUAACGCUAAUUGUGCUUUGACCAACCAACUCCUGCUCAGAGGCGUAGCCAGGAUGUUUGGUCAGGGGGCCAGCAAAAACCUAAGUGGGACCAGGCUUUCACUUAUUUAUACAGAAUAAAUUUUCUCAGGGGGGGGGGGCAAAAUUUUGCCCUGGCUACGCCUCUGCUCCUGCUUCCCCCUAAUGUCCGCCACUGUCUAUUUGUCUGUGAUGAUUUGAAUGAUUAACUCAAACGUGACUAUUCUCACUGUAGUGGAGUAAUUGCUUGGCUUAACCAGUGUGUGAACAUUCGGAAUAGCCUUACGUGAUUUCCUAAGCUGAAGUUCAGCUUUUGAACGUAAAGAUUUGUUUUCUCACCGAGAUUGCCAUAUUUGAUUUUUUAGAUUUUCCUUGCAGUUAGUGUGGCGAUAUUUGACAACAUUACCUCUACCAGAACAUUUUAAAGUUUUUCAGAAUGAACAUUCUCACUACCCGUUGCGUCAUCAGCUAUUUGAUUGGUUGUUACCUCCUGUCAGUAAAAUUGAACAACAAGGAUAUAAUGUUUGUAUUUCUUACUCCAAGAUAUUUUCAAGGUAAGGAACAGCUUUGUUUCAUUCUAUUUAGACGUGUGUUGAUGAGUUUUGAAGCUCACGAAAAGUCGUAAGGUUUGCCUGCUUGGAAUUAAUCAUGGUUCCGUGUAACCAGAUGGAACCAUAAAAGUAUUCGUAUGGUGCAAACACGGUCUUAGUUAUCUAGUCUUCCCUAGCAUAAUUUUUAUGUGUCCCUCUGAACUUGCAUUAAGAAUGGUCUAAAGAACUGUACACAAACUGAACUGCCUUUCCAAUUUCUAUUCAAUCCACACCAGAGCAAUGUCAGUAAUCUUUGCCUUAAUUUAUCAUUAAAUAGAUUACCAAUGGACCUACUUUCUCGUGUUCUUGUCGUCCUAACACAACGAGUUUGUUAUACCACCAACAAGUGUGUUCAUACUUUGGAUUCAAAGAGGUAUGCUUAUAAUAAAUAUAUUUAGCCAAUUAACGGGUCCAACAGCUAAAACUAAAAUAUUUAAAUACUAAAUUGAAUAUCUUACUAUAGGAGAACGAGCGAGCAGUUUGAGAAGGAUUUAGAAGAAAUGGAAAACAUUUAUAUUCUUUCUUCAUUUGAUAAGGUGACACUUUAUUGUAUUUUAAUUAAACGAUCCGAUCAGAAUCAUGCAUUGCGCGCUUGUGUUCUUAGUUGCGUCUUAAGGAGAACGAGCUGAAUAUGUGUUUCAUUACGUUUCCAUUGCUAUGGUGUGCUUAGUAGGAUGCUAUCUUUGUUAAUUGUUUUUCUUUGCUGUACAAAUCAAUACAUACUAAAUUUAUCUUUCCUGCAGUGCUGAAAAAUAUCCUUAAGCUACCGGGAAAUUGUUAAUAAAAUAUCUUCUUGCGUCUUGCACGAAAUAUUUGUCAUUUUACGCAUUGGAAUGCCACCUAAUUUGCUUGUUGAUUAAAAUUCUAAAUCCAUUUUGAAAAAUGAAAUUGUCAUGUUUGGAAAUAACACAUCAUACGUCAUCGCACAUCCUCUCAAAGUUACCUAUAUAUGUAUAGGACGUUUUACAUUUGAUGUAAACAGGAAAAUUUUAAUUGAAGAAAUUCCACGAAGAAAAUCUUUUUCUAUAGGUAUGCUUUCGCGCUUUUUAUCUGCUCAGGUGUUCUAAAAUCUAAAAGCCUGGUGCAAGUAUGUUCAGAGAUGUUUAAAAAUGUUGCAAAGUAUAACUUUUCCUGUGCUUAUAAGAUUCUUGUCGGCCCAUAAAAUAGCCCCUGUCACUCAUCCUCGCGCAAAUACGUACGAAUUCCUGCAUAAAAAUAUUUCAUGAUUGCCAAUCAAAGAACAUGCGAUGCAUUACAACAAGAUACGGAAGUAAAAAACAAGCAACAAUUAUCUGUCGUUUUUUGAGAGACAUUCUUGUGAAGAACAUUAAGCUUGCUGCCGUACAUUGUUAAUCCAGCACUGCAGCGGCCUAAGAGUUGAAAAUUUGUAAAUUAUUUAGAGGGCAGAAACUAAUUUGGUGGAUGCUGUCACGUUGGAUGAAAUGGAAAGGUAAGGUUUGCAAAUUUCUAAAGUUUUCUUGAACUAUAUGCAUACCUUAUCAGGUGCAUUUUACAUGUUUACUCCUCUAUGGUACUGCAUGUAUUUAGCAUUCUGUAUUUUUUCCGCUAUGUAUCUUAUACAGCUGCAUGCAUUAAUACACCCUGUCGGAAAGUAUGUACCUCACUCAGGGGUGGAAAAAAUAUUUUACUUUCUGGGACCACAAGAGAACAUUGAAACAUUUUCUACAAAUAAGCAAGUAAAUGGACACUUGCAUGGAGGGAGGGAUGGCGGGAGAGGGAUGGCACUACUAGCGGAUCUGGGGGCAUGGCUAUAGAGUCUCGCUUUCGUGUAUGUGACAUUAGUUAAAGCCCAACGUCUCAAUGAGAUGACGUACUUUCUGGAAGCGUGUAUUAGAAACUGCUGUCUUGAACUAAAGAUAUUUUUCAUUAUUUUUUUCCUGUUGUAUUCAAGAUCUUCUUCAUAUCCACUUGUAUUACGUACCAUGCCAUAAUUGUUCAUUUCUUCACCAUAGUUUGUCUGGGGACAACAAUACUGUAGCCGAGUUGUUGAGUUAUUUGGUCCAAAGAAUGAUUGAAAUUUCUCAGAAACUACUAGAAACAUCUGAUACGGAGGUUUGUUGUCAUCAUUCAAUGACUUAAAUUUUUGAUUGUGUGUUACUUAGUAAAUACACAUCUGAACUGGAAGUUUAAUUUUAUUUCAAGUUUAAUUCUACGACAUUUGUGGACUUAUAUAUACAAUAAGUGUGACUACAUUUAACAUGUAUUAAACUUCAGUUUAUUAUAACACUUUUUAAGUUUUAAUUAUAGUUAUUGCAUUUUUUCAUACAAAAGCAAAAAACACAGCAGCAUUAUCAAUUAAGAACUAAAACCUAUUAUUUAAUAUUAAUUAUUAUUGUAAUAAAAAUAAAAAAUCCCACUGAAAAAAUAAAAAAAAUGCUAUCAUCGUAAGAAAAACGUUCGUGGUCAGCGUUUCGGAUUGCAGACUGUUGAAGAGACGACAAUAUAUCUCAUGCGAGAAUACUAUUGCGGCCUUUCAUGUCGUAUGACUCGUAUCAACUAAACAAGAGUUUUCUUCGCGUGUUUUAUAUUACUUUUAUUUGUCUUUUACCGCGUACAGGUAUGUAUGUCUUUCAGACAAUGAUCAAAUAUAUUUCUUGCCGAUCAAGAUGAACGGCAACCUUCCUUCUUUGCCGAUCAGAAACAAUUUCCGCCAUUAUUUGGAUCCCUGGAAAUCAUAUAGCUUUAGCAUCAUGCAUAUAGUGUAAGAUUCAGUAAUUCUAUCAUACAUAUUACAAUACAUAUUCACUUGAUUUUCUAGUGCAGUACAAUAUCUUCGCCACAAGGUUCGAUACGGUGUGCUGACAAGAGAUGCGAGGUCCUUGCCAGGUUUGGAAGUUUGUCUACGAAGGUGUUGGGACUGUUGUUGUUCUUGAACGCUUGGAACUUCAAAGAUCUCACAGAUUCCCCACUUUAUCUUGUGACAAUGGUAAUGAAACACUGAUAGUGUGUAGUUUUUUUAUAUGAAAUAUUGUAGAUUGCCGAAAGGAACGGCCUAUGAGCCCUUAUGGGCUGUUACAUUUCUGGCGGGAGUACAUUUUAUGGAUAAAGUAAAUUAACAUUGACACAUGUGUAUUGCCCAAGUGUAAUCAUAUUUUAUAUUUUGUAAUUUAAGUGAAUAACGCGAGAUAAAGAGAGAGCAAUGUUUCUUAGUUCGUAUUUAACAUGUUUCAUUCGACUCUUUUCUUUCAGCGAGUUUUAAAAGCUGUUUCAAGUGGAAUGGCGGAAUCAUUACAUCACAAAGAUGAAGCGGGUAAAGCAAUUGCAGGACAGUCAUUUACUGCGACGUUGAGUGAUUUAUUUUUAUGUGGCUUCUUCGCAACGGUAAGUCGACGCAUGCGUAGUAAUACAUCAAACGGUACUAAUAAACGUGCUACACCCGGUGUGUUCAUCACGGCCGACAUGAUCUUGAAGAGUGGAAAUAAAAUACAAUUUCAAAAUCUGCAUUAUUUUCCACUUUAGUUGCUGAAUAAUUGAUUGAAUGAUUUCAUGAAAUUCGGCGACUACCAAAAAUACAACAUGUAGAACCAGGGAAUACGCCACAGGUUACCCCAAUUACCCCGACCCUUUAAUACGUAAUUACUUUAGCAUCAAUCUAAACAGUAUAACAAACUUACAAAAUGACAUCAAAAUGACAUCAUGAUUUGGUUAAAUUUCUGUGUCUAAUCCAAAUAUUUUAGUUCCUUAAUUUUUUAUAAUAAUUUCGCCCUCCAUGACGGCCAUGUAAACAGCGUGAUGAUCAGGCCAAGUGUAAGGAUGUUUGUUUUAUCAUUUAGAACUUUGCAGAUCGUCACACGAUAUUGUUAAAGCCAAUUAUGAAGGUAUUGAGAUCUCUGACGUCAAAGGAACUUGUUGAAUAUAUGAUGCAAAUCAUUACUAAAGAGGUAAAAUAAAGUGAAUAAACUAAUCCAUAUUGAUAGUGUAUUAAGUUGUAAAAAAGCUCUGAAUGGAUCUAGGGAUACAACUACCUGAGAAAUACAAGGAAAACUUCGAAGGCCCUUCGUCGUACAAAUUACAAAUUAGAUACAAAGAAAAAAUACACAAACCAGAAAUCGAAGUCUUCUUUCAGACUAGUGUAACUUUGAGUGUUCUUGAAUAACGGGAGUGAACGUUAAUCAAUCAAAAUGGAUUGUUAUAAAUGUUUACUACUAUUUAAGUGCAAAACGAGUAGUUAAAACAGUAUUUGAUGGGUAUUGUAGGUGGAAAUUGUCGAGUGGAAAUUUAUAUACAUUUAUUAGACCUAACCAUGCAGGAACAGAAGCGAAAAAUGCAAAUUUAGGUCCCUGGCAGGAAUAGCAUUCUAACCAACUGAGCUACAGAGGACAGUUGUCGAGCUCUAACCACAAGUUCAUGUACUGUUUAAUAAACGAGCAGGAGUGUUUUAUUAGGUCUAAAGCCACUCGCGCUGCGCGCUCGUGACUUUAAACCUAAUAAAACACGACCUGCGAGUUUAUUAAACGGCUUCAAACACGACUACAAAUUCAAUAGAUACACUGCCUUACUAGUAUUCUUUAUAUAAAGAAUACUAAUGAGGACACUACAACAAUAGAUACUGCCUUAUUAGUAUUCUUUAUAUAAAGAAUACAAAUUAGGAGUGUUUUAUCAGGUUUAAAGCCACUGCACGUGACAUAUUAUGGUUGACAUGAUUUGCCAAUAAGCUUAUGAAUUAUUAAUGAGUGUUUGAAGUACUAUUUAAAAAACGAGCAGGAGUGUUUUAUUAGGUUUAAAGCCACGAGCGCGCAGCGCGAGUGGCUUUAGACCCAAUAAAACACGACCCGCGAGUUUUUUAAAUGACUUCAAAAACGUAUGCAUAAUAAGUCAAAUCUUUAUAUAAAAACCUUUAUACAUAUAAAUCUUUAUAUAAAAAUCUUUAUAUAGUUUGCAUAACAAUGGUCUUUUGUUAAAGUGUUCUUUAGCUGGUAUAAAGACGUAUGCACGUGACUAAUUUCUUACUCUAGAUUGGAUAAUUGCUUCAUGAAUUAUUAAUGAGUGUUUGAAAUAUAUAUAUUGUACUAGGGUACUGCCAUGUGUAGGUUAUGGGUAAAUAUCAAGAUUUUUGUGGCAUCUCACUCGAAUGAAUGAUAUUUGAUGGGUAUUGUAGAUGAAAAUUGUCGAGUGGAAAUUUUACAUUUAACUUUAGGUCCCUGGCAGGGCCGCAGGAUCAAUUUCUGCGAGGGACCUAGGUCGGGUUCGACGCCUACCGCGAUCAAGCCAAUUUUGUGAGCUUGCUUAGUGUGGCGCCACUUGGAGAAGUGUCAUCUAAGGGGCGGACUAGUAGAAAAGUGAUGGGUGGUGUGGCGAGGGGGGGGGGGAGGAUUUUCAGCUUCCACGAAUUGUUUUCAGCCUUCUACUUGUGCUAGAAUUUUUUUGCGGAAUUUUAAAGAUAUUUUUCUUUGCUGUCCUCUUUUUCGAAUCCCCCCUCUUUUUUCCUUUGCGUGACCCCCCCCCAUGACUUUUCUUUUUGUCCGCCCAUAGUGUCAUUUUAAAAAGUAAUUAAGAAUUUAUACAACCCUUUAAUAUUUUCAUAUUUAUUUACCAGCCCAGGCAACUUAACAAGACUCGUAUGGUUGUUGAUGAAUUUGACGGGACAUUUAUUGAUAGCGAUGAAGUUAUGGAUGAUUUUGAAACAAAUGACAAUCUCCCAAGUUCCAUGUCAGAUCAAAAGAUCAACUCUGGUAUACAUGUUUGAAAGCAUAGACGGAUUUUCAUAUUUAUUACUAGGGUGGUGCCAGAAAUUUUAGGGGGGUGAGCCGUGAGCAGGUGACUGAAGCAACACAAAGUGUCACAAAACCCCAGUAAGGUCUAUAUUCUAGAGGUGGAGCACUAGAGCCACGAGGGGGAGUCUAGAGAGCAGAGAACAAAGUAUGCCAGGAAAAAUUUGAAAAAAAUCAUGAUUUCUAGCUUCGAAAAAGUUUUUUGAAGUUGUCAAUUUGUCAUAUCAAUGGUUUGGCAUGUCCGAUUGUCUGUUGAGACUUGAGAGAGUUAAAGACUUAAAGUUAAAUGAACCUGUAAAAGUGUAAACCCUAUAGGCCAAUACACAAUAUGCUUUUACUUUUAUAAAGUCAUUCACAUUGUGUUGUUUGAAUCCGAGUACAAUUUAUGAUGCAACUCCGAUGUAAAUAAUAUUUAGGGCGUAAAGAUUAAAUCUAGGCAAGUCUAUUUCCUAAAAGAAUUAAAAACUAAAAAUAGUGUUCGUAAAAAUUCCAAACGUUCCAUGCGUGUAAGCUAUUCGCAUGACAAGGCACUGCAAACUCUGUUCAGGGAAGAUAAUAGAGUUGCUCCAAUAAACCAGAUAAUACAAUUGCUCCAAUAAACCAGUGAAUGCAAGCGAGGAGUGAUUAGUUUCAGAGUGUUGCACUGUCUUUUUCUGUUCGAAUGUACUCCUACGUUUAUUUUGUAUCAUCAACACUCUGCAAGUUGGAGUGGAGUAUUUAAUUAUUUAUUUAUUAUGCCGAAUAUUGGGGGGGGGGUGGACAUUUUGUUUGGGGGGGUUAUAGCUAAUAUUGGGGUGGUAGCACCCCCUGCACCCCCCCCAGAAAAUCCGUCUAUGUUUGAAAGUUCACUGAAAGGAAUAUUGUAGUCUUUCUAUCAGUAUAGCAUGCCUACCCACUUAUUUUUCUGCUCACUUGAUAUAUUCACUUGAUUUCUCCAUGUACUGUCCAAAGAGCGAUUGACGGCUAAAAUUGCGAUUAAUUGUAAAAUUCAUGUUUGUUUCAGACAACUUAUCAGAAAACGACAAAUCAAGAAUUUCUUACAUGAAAAUAGUGAGCUCAUGGUGCACAUGUCUUGAUGAUGGACUGAAUGAGUCAAGUGAUCUCCAGGAUAAUAUUCAAAACCAGAUUUUUGAAUACUUUCAGUCAACGGUAAAAAUGUCUUUGAAUAAUAAAGGCACGGUUACACGAAGUAAUUUUAAAUAAUAAAACGUUCAAAAAGAAAGUGAUCCUUGUAAAUGGUUAAUAUGAAGACUGCCUGAAGCAUUCCUUGUCACGCAUUAUUCACGAUUUAAUGCGGAAAGGUCUAUAGACUGGGGAUUGCAUUUAUUUAAUUAAACAAGCGUGGCAAGUGAAAACAAGUCUCAAAUUGUUAAGCAAGGAAAUCCUUGUUUCACGACUUGGCUGUUUAAUUUACCCUGUUUAAUCUAUAUAUAGUCGAUCCCUUCAUGGAUACACGCUCUACAUACUGUUGGAAUAUAUUUCUCAUUUUAAACUGAGUCCUUCGUUUAUCGUCAUCUAGGAGUUUGAUAUCCUAAAGCCUGUUCAUUCGAAGUUGGUAAGUCUUUGCUCUUCAAAAUGUCUAAUAAUUUGAUAUAAGGUUUACGCUCGAUAAUGUCUUCUACAAAACCUUCAACUAUAAAGUAUCCUACAUUUAGUAGUUUACCCAAGAUUAAGUACUCAGGCAGACAGACGUAGUCUGAGGUACCUGUAUACUAGUAUAUUAAAGCAGAAUUAUCGAGUAUAUUGGCCCUGGCUGGGCUUGAUGAAUUAAUUACAAAAUCAUGUUUCACUUGAUGUAUGAUUGUUUUGUAUAUUUUUAUUUUCAGUUCUUCACUGCUGCUUUCAUCUUAUGUUCUGGUCCGAUACAAGGCCAUGUUGCCUUGGUUAUUGUAAAGAACCUCGGGUAUGCACAGUCGUUUUCGAUAGCAUUUCGAUAGUUUCAAGAGUAUUCAUUAAUUGAAAUUUAUACUGCAUGUAUGCAUUAUGCCCCAAUGUAAGAAUCUUUAAUUUUGGAGAUCCAAUGUCGGCCGUCACGGAGAAUAUGUAUAUAAAGGCCCGGUUACACUUGCAAUAUGUGAAUAUAGACGUGAACGAGUGAAUGAGUUAUGAAUGUUGAGAUGAGGUUACACUUGCAAUAUGUGAAUAUAGACGUGAACGAGUGAAUGAGUUAUGAAUGUUGAGAUGAGGUUACACUUGCAAUAUGUGAAUAUAGAUGUGAACGAGUGAAUGAGUUAUGAAUGUUGAGAUGAGGUUACACUUGCAAUAUGUGAAUAUAGAUGUGAAUGAGUGAAUGAGUUAUGAAUGUUGAGAUGAGGUUACACUUGCAAUAUGUGAAUAUAGAUGUGAACGAGUGAAUGAGUUAUGAAUGUUGAGAUGAGGUUACACUUGCAAUAUGUGAAUAUAGAUGUGAAUGAGUGAAUGAGUUAUGAAUGUUGAGAUGAGGUUACACUUGCAAUAUGUGAAUAUAGAUGUGAAAGAGUGAAUGAGUUAUGAAUGUUGAGAUGAGGUUACACUUGCAAUAUGUGAAUAUAGAUGUGAAUGAGUGAAUGAGUUAUGAAUGUUGAGAUGAGGGUACAAAAACUCAGAUCAUUCGUAACUCAUCCACUCGUUCACAUACAUCAGAAGAAGAAAAUCAGUAGAAAUCGCAGCAAAAAUUAAGCAGCUUAAUUUACGACGUGCGACCAUGCACUCAAUCGAAAAGACAUAAAAUACACACUAAAUUUUGUUGUCAAAAACCGUACACCAUGACUGCAAUAAGCUGUCGUGUCUGAACUGCCUGAAUUUGGAAAAAAAUUAAAACAUCUUUUUCAGGUAUUUCAGGUAUUUCAGAUAUCAUUUGUGAGAGCUUAUUAUAAAAUACGACAUACUAGAUCCCACGUUUAAAACACUGUUUGUGGAUGCUUUGACUGCGUGUUAUUUAUAGUUCUCUGCAAUUGUUCCAGGAUAUCUAUAUCUAAAUAUCGUAAGGAUCAGGAAUAUUGCAAGGAAGGUCUGCGUCUACUGACUCUGCUGGCAACACAAUGUGGAAGAAGAGAAGCCAUGAAUGACGAAGAUAUGAAGGAUGCACAAGUGCGUUCCUUGCAUCUCUUGAAGGCGUUUUGGUACGUCAUACAUUCAUUUUUCCUUGUCGGUUAUAGUUAAAGACAAUUGGAACAUUCCCAGCGAAGGAAGUGUUAUUCCGAGUGAAAUGUAUUGUAUUGUUUUAUUGAAUUUCAUGUUUGAUGAAAAAUUAAUGUAUUUUCUAGCACUCUUCCUAGUGUUGAAACUUUCUUUUGAUUGUGCAGGAACCUGAGAGAGAGUAGUUAUUGUUCGUCAGUGCGUCUUCAAAUUGCCAAGUGCAUGGACACGUUUAUCCGGGUAAAUCUUUAUGUUUUUAUUGUAUUAGCGUGACAAUUGUGGAAUACUCAUCAUUUGGACUGUAAUUUUUAGUUUUAAAUUUGACAAUGUGUACAUUCUUCACUCUCUCCGGUCGCUCUGUAAUUGUGUUUUAACCUCACGGCAAUCUCUUACCAAGAGCCACUCAAUUGAUGACUGUGGGUACGAGAUUUCCCUUACAUAACUCAUCUCUUAUAAUAUAACCAGAGCCACUCAAUUGAUGACUGUGGGUACGAGAUUUCCCUUAUACAUAACUCAUCUCUUAUAAUAUAACCAGAGCCACUCAAUUGAUGACUGUGGGUACGAGAUUUCCCUUACAUACUCAUCUCUUAUAAUAUAACCAGAGCCACUCAAUUGAUGACUGUGGGUACGAGAUUUCCCUUACAUACUCAUCUCUUAUAAUAUAACCAGAGCCACUCAAUUGAUGACUGUGGGUACGAGAUUUCCCUUACAUACUCAUCUCUUAUAAUAUAACCAGAGCCACUCAAUUGAUGACUGUGGGUACGAGAUUUCCCUUACAUAACUCAUCUCUUAUAAUAUAACCAGAGCCACUCAAUUGAUGACUGUGGGUACGAGAUUUCCCUUACAUAACUCAUCUCUUAUAAUAUAACCAGAGCCACUCAAUUGAUGACUGUGGGUACGAGAUUUCCCUUACAUAACUCAUCUCUUAUAAUAUAACCAGAGCCACUCAAUUGAUGACUGUGGGUACGAGAUUUCCCUUAUACAUAACUCAUCUCUUAUAAUAUAUAGACAGCAAGCUUUACCCAACUUUUUUGGAUUUCUUAGUUCCGUUGUCGUAAUCAAUUGGUAAUUUAAAACUUGUUAUCUUUCAGUUUGAUCCGGACAAAACUCUUGCCUUCUUUGAGAUACAAGAAAAUAAUAACGGUUAGUUUUUCGUAAAUAUAUUUUCAAUUUAAUUAAUAAUUUUUUUUUUUAAUUAAUAAUAUGUGUGCAUGAAUACCAUUGUAAUUACAAAAUUUGAAAGCUGUUUUGUAUUCCAGUAAAUAUCGAGAUUUUGUUGGCAUCUCACUGGAUUGAAUAAUAUAGUUGAAGGGUCUUGGAAAUGGAAUUAUGUCGAGUGGAAUUAUAAAUUUAUAUAUAAGUAUUAGACUAACCAGGAACAUUUAUAAUUCCACUCGAUAAUUUCCAUCUAUACAAGACCCUUCAACUAUUAUUCCAUUACUCCGUUAAGCUAAUCAGCAUUCGAAUAACGGGGAAUAACAUGGAAAGUAUAAUACAAAUUAUACAUUCUAUUUAGCGGUAGCUGAAACUCAUCAUGGUUGCUAUCGCUGGGCAUCGGUGAAAUAAUUCAACAUACUGUAUAUUCAACAUAUAUUCAUUUUUUUCCAUUUUAGAUUCGUCUGUACAUAUAUCUCAUGUAUUUCCUCGACUAUUGUGUGACCAAAGUCUUUCAGUAAGGAUGUACAUGGCUGAAGCAAUUGGAAUUCUAUUCCUCAAAUUUAAAUCUAAAAGUUUGAGUGUUCCCGAGAAGCCUGCCAUCCAAGAUGAACUACUUGACAUUGUCGCUCUUUACUUAUCUAAAUCCCUUGUUGUAGAGGUAAGUCUUAAAUAAAACGUGAGCAAUUAUGAAACACAUACAUAUGAAUGUUCAUCAUGUUUAUCGAUUAUUUUAAAGAUAUAAGUUGUUUUAGCUUAAAGUAUCCAACUUCUGUUAAUCAAGAUGAAAUGUGCAUAAGAUUUUUGUUGAUGAAUUAUUACUUAGUUCAUAUAACUCCUUUACUUGUCCAGCCUGGUAUCCAGACCAGAUGGUGCUAAAAUCUAGCAGAUUUCUAAUUUUAAAACUAACUUGGAUUCCUUUAAAAUCAAACCAAUCUUGCAAAACAAAAUGCAAGCUAUAAAUUAAAGUAUAAAUAUCAAAUAUUUAUCAACAUUAUAAUCAUAAAUUAAAAAAUCUGCAGAUCACGUGACCAGCUCCUACCAGGGUCUUGCAGAUCACAUGACCAUUUCCUACCAGAGCCUGUGAACGAGGUUGUUGUUUACCCCGUACAAACUUUUAAAAGUUAUCGUGUCACAAACAAGCUCAACGACUGGCAUUUCACAUGUUGUUCUUACAAUGUUGUAGUAGUCUUUGGAGUAAGAAAGUUAUUUUUUCCAGACGAAACUGAGUGAAAGUGAAGAUGAAGGAGUGAACAGAGCAGCCAGUCUUCUCUCAGCGUUUAAAACAAUCGUAACUGUGAGCUGUUGGUGUGAAGCCAAAGUUAUAUGUUUAUUAUUUCAAGCCACGAAGGAGCAGAAACUAGAUCAAGAAAUAGUUGCCAAGGUUUGUUGUUUUUUUUAUAUAUUGUUUAACAAACAAGAAAUCCCUUAUCUCAUCUGUGACUAAUAUGGUGGCCGUUCUAGCCUUUUAGACUGGGCACUAAUUCAAUAUUGUGUUAAUCAUUGGUACGUCAGGAUUCAGGCUGAGCAUUAAUCAUAAAAUACGGACCUACCAAUGCCGCUAAACGUUUUGGUAUAAGGGUAAUACCCAAAUGGCUAAAAUCUGGAUAUAGUUAAUAAGUAGUUAGACGGAGUUGAAUUGAUAUUCCUAAGGAUCUUUGUUCUAUGGAAUAAAUGCUCAUAGUAUUGAUUUUCAACAAAUCGUUACCUGAGCUGCGAGUUCGAAAUACUGUAUUUCGUCUUUUCAUUAGAGUCGUUCAGGUUCCUCUACUGCUCACUUGCUCUGUGUGCAUCUGAUUGGUUAAUCGGGUAGAUUAAACGCAUCUGAUUGGUUAAUGUCUCUUAAUGGUAGCGGUAGUGAAAGUUGUGAAAGUUAAAUCUGAACCUUUCUAACCACCUGCCAGGCAGGCUACUUUAUUGCCACACCGUUACAAACUACAGGUAUUACAAGAAACAUUGAGGGAUCUUGGAGGUACUGAUAGCCUCAUUUUGUGUAUCAAUGUCUACAUAUUUGUUGGGAAGUCAGUAGCCAACUGGAGUUAGUAGGGCCUUUGCUCGAAACGUCGAAGUUCUGCUUGUGUUUUUCAGGUAGUUUUGUGCGUAUCUACAGAAUUGAGAUUAUAUCACGUGCAACUUGCAGCGAAGAUUUCCUCGUGUAACAUGGCCGAGCCUGAGUACGAGGUUGAGCCAGUAUACCUAUACUUAUAUCUUGUUUUGUUCCAAGGUUAUUCGUCAGAUCAGUGCAAUCUUGGGUUAUGAAUCAACAGAGGUCUUCAUCAAGACUCACAUUGGUUGUAUUAUUGACAGUUGGUUAAAUCAUGGCUUUAAGUUAGCUGAUUUUCCAGUUCAAGCACUAGAAUUUAAGUCACUUGCUGAUUUCCUGAGGUGAGUUAGUUGUUUUCUGAACGAGAUAUCUCCAGCAUACAUAUUAUACUAAUUGCAUUAUUGCGCCGUUGAAUGAAUUUUGUGUUAAUAUCACUUGUUUACAAAGUACCACAUUAAUCCAACAUGAGUGACUAUAGGUAACUUCAGCUGGCUUAGAAUAUACAGUAAAUGUCCCAAAAAAGCUUCACACUAACUUUGCUAAACAAUUUAACAUCAGUAUUGCUGCAGAUUAUAUAGUAUGGUGGUUAGAGUAAGGGUUAGGGAUAAAAUUAGGAUUAGAAUUACGACUAGGAUUAGUGUUAGAAUAAUGGUAAAGAUUGGGAUAAGGGAUAGGAGAAGGGUUAGGGAUUAGGAUUGUAGGGAUUUGCACAAUAUUUAAAUUGUGGUUGUUAGUAUGCAGUGGUAUAGAACUGAAACACUAGCAAUGGAGGGGGAGGGGGGGGGGGUGCUCUGAAAAGUAGCGGGGUGACAAAGCGUGGAGGGUGCAACAUGAUCAACAUGGAAACUUCCAGUAUUUAUGUUUGGCUUUAGCUAUUUUUUAAAUAAUUUGAAAUAACUGAUUCCUAUAUACCGUAGCUAUUUCGCGCACCGUAUAAUUUUAUACCAUGCAACUGCAUAGAACUUUCCAGGUUAUGAUUAUCCAAAAACACUGGGAGUUCAACUUCCCAAAUUGACAUUUAAAUAAUAUGGAUAUUAAUACGAAAAUUAACUUGGUUUAUGUAACAUCAUUUGGUAAAUAUAAAUUGUUUCAAUGUAAAGUUAUGAAUUGAUUUUAGAACUCAUCAUGCUGCAAUCAUGCCACACUUAAUUUGGCGUUUUAAGGAGACAGAAUCUUUGAAGACGGUUGGACGGGAGAUUGGUAAUGAUGGUGACUGGACAGAGUUUCUUGUUCUUGAUUUCUGUAAGAUCAUGUCAAUUAUUGUUCCAUCGUUUGCUGAACAAGGUCGACAGAAGACUGACUCUCAGGAACCAGAGUUAGAUCAACGAAGAGCGUACGAUUGUCACUCUUUUGUGGAGAAGAUCCUUCAAAAAGAGGUAUGUGCAUUCUGGUAUGCACUAGUUGUUCAGAUUUGACUACCACUAUACCGCUACCAUUGAGGGAUCAUUAACCAAUUAGAUGCGUUUGGUAUAUCGGAUUAACCAAUCAGAUGCGUUUGAUAUAUCGGAUUAACCAAUCAGAUGCGUUUGAUAUAUCGGAUUAACCAAUCAGAUGGGUACUAAGUCAGUGAAUGGUAGUGGUAGCAGUAGUCAAAUCUUGACCUCCGUAAUAAUAAUAUGUAGAGUUUCAUAUACCCAAAUAAAGUAUAGGCUAGUAAUGAUGUUACAAUAUGUGCAAGCAAGGCGACUCUGACAAACAAUGCGACCCUAGUGAGCGAGGCUUGGGUCACCCCUGGCACUUGUCGCUGAAUACCCAAGCAUUCAUAUGACCCAGUCUUUCACCAGUCAGUUUGUGGGUAGCAUAGAUAUAGGAGAUCUAGAUUGCUAACGCAUACCUAGCGCAGGCGGGGCCUACAUGAUAAAUCCAAGAUGGCGGUACAACAGGGCAAAAAGACUAUAGAUUCUAUUACGAAAAUCAGGAUUUUUGCAGUUUUUGCCGUCGCAUUGUUUCGAAACUUAUUCGGUCAAAUUUUAUGGUAAAGAGAAACUUACCACGACGAUUUUGAGCAUAUAUAUGAUUGAAUUGGAUGAAAAAUCGCAAAAUUACCCAGCGAUAAAAGUUCGUGUGAAAUGGUCACUUGGUCAGUUCGAGCGUUUCAUUGCCAGAAAUACUGUGUAUGUUAACAUCUAGCCUCGUGAAUGGUGUUUUAUACUGUUUAAACGUGAAAUCUAGUUUAGGAUCAUAUACUUCCCGAUUUUGACAGUAUAAAUACAAUAUGUCCAUUUCAUAAUUCCAAGUCUUGGGCAUUCUUGACCUGAACGAAUACGACUACCACAAUUAAUUUUCAUGCUAUUUCUCUACAUAUUGCACAAUGUUUGUUGCAAGUAUAAAACACCAUUCACGAGGCUAGAUGUUAACAUAGCACAGUGUUUCUGGCAAUAAAACGCUCGAACUGACCAAGUGACCAUUUCACACGAACUUUUAUCGAUGGAUAAUUUUGCGAGUUUUCAUCCAAGUCAAUCAUAUAUAUGCUCAAAAUCUUCGCGGUAAGUUUCUCUUUACCAUAAAACUUGACCGAAUAAGUUUCGAAACAAUGCGACGACAAAAACUGCAAAAAUCCUGAUUUUCGUAAUAGAAUCUAUAGUCUUUUUGCCCUGUUGUACCGCCAUCUUGGAUUUAUCAUGUAGGCCCCGCCUGCGCUAGGUAUGCGUUAGCAAUCUAGAUCUCCUAUAUCUAUGGUGGGUAGGGACACGCCCGCCGUCUUUUGGGACGUCCCUGGUUGAGUAGCACUUUCAUUGCGAUAGUAACAUGUAGUUUAUAAUUGUAUAUUUUGUCCAGGUUACUGACAAAUUGAUGGUGGUGAAGUUUGAUGAACUUAUCGUCGAACUUUUGUUAAAAAUGCAUGACUCACCAAGCGAGUUGCCUGACGUUUCUCACUUCAUCAGGUUAGGGGAAAUUUUGGAAAUGCGCUGGUUCUCGUGUGUAUUUAUUUUUAGUAAAUUUUAAUUAGUAAAUUUCGAAUAGCGCUGGUUCUCGAGUGUACUUUGCUGGCGUACUUUUAAUAUAUUAAUCAAGCCUUAAUAAAAUAUUUUUCUUCCUGGCAGCAGGCUUCCCAGACCAAAAAUUUCCUGUCAAUUUUUUUUAUAAAUUUGAAUUUUGGUUGUAAUUCAAUAACAGCGUCGUAUAUACCACCUUAAUAAGUCGUAUACUACCUCAAUAUUAAGAAAAAUAUAGCGGUGGCACUGCCACAUGAUACAAAUUUUUAUGUUAUGAUUGUUGUAUUUAUAUGCUCUAAUUGUGAUGUUUGUUACUUUAAUGCUGAUUUUUGAAAUUUCUCAAGCUUCAUUCUUGAUAUCUUGCUUUUCCUUAAAAAUUUCCUGUGAGAUUAAAAAAAUUUCCUGGCAGCAUGCUGCCAUGCUGGCGGACUUUCUCAUGCCUUGAUAUUAAUAAUUAUUUGGUCUGUUAGACAUAUUUUAUUCAUCUCGUGUUACUACAAAAGUAACCGGAGAAAACCUGCAAUGUUUGGUAAAGUUUGCUAUACUCUUCUCACAUGCAACCGAGGCGAAAUUAUAGUCAGACAACCGCAUAUUAAUUACAGAAAUAGAAUUCUGGUGGCAGAGGUUACACCCUAACCAUAGUGUUGUACUCUGUAAUUCUGGUUACAGAGGUUACACACUAACCAUAGUGUUGUACUCUGUAAUUCUGGUUACAGAGGUACACACUAACCAUAGUGUUGUACUCUGUAAUUCUGGUUAGAGAGGUACACACUAACCAUAGUGUUGUACUCUGUAAUUCUGGUGGCAGAGGUUACACACUAACCAUAGUACUCUGUAAUCAAGAGCAAAUACCAUGAUUUACGUCGACGUGUUUAAAACAAUAUUAAUUUUACUAAGGUAAUUAAGUUUUGUUUGUUUGCUGAGUCCAAUACAUUUCUUUCGUUGUAGAGAUUACGACCCGCCUACAGAACAACCACACUUCACUUCACAUGCCAUCAAAGCAACUUUAGAUUAUCUCACCAAGUGUCAUGAUGGCUCGAAUAAUACACUCGUAUCAAUCUUGUGCAAAAGAAAAGUAUAUUUAUUUCUUUUUUGUUAAAUGCUUGUUCCUUCUUUUAAAUUUACUGUUGUUUGUUUUGUGUUUCUUUGCUUUGAUAGCUUCUGUUAUUCUGUUCACGUUGUCAGGGGCGGCGACGGUAACGGGGGAACCUGACCGCCCCCUGAUUGAGCACAAUUCUCAAGUAGCUCGCCUUCUGUAUACGUGUGUCCCUGUGCACAGGGCCCUUCGCCGUUUGUUACGGUUGUUUUAAAAUUCUGACGUCACAGCGAAACCCAGAAUUAUCCCAAUGCCCUGCUGUUUCUUGUUCCCGUACUAGACUAAGCCUUCCUUAAGUUUGCUAUUGUCGCUAACUAGAUUUCACUCAGUUUUCACUUUUCUCUGUAGGAGAAUAUUCAGAAGAUCCUGCUCAGGUUGUCAGAACAUUUGGAAGAUACUUCCAUAUUUCAUAAGAGGCGUUCAUUUCUUGCUAUGUAUCGUUUGUUUGUGCUGCUUUUACUCCAAGAUUUAAACCAAGGAUUGGCAGGAACAUGGGCGUUUGUCGUCAGAGACAUUGUCUACACCAUAAUAAGGACCAUAUCGCGUCAUAAUCCUAGAAAUAUCUUGAGAAUUAAUGGUUUAAUGCGUGAGGGAGAAAUUAACAUUGAACUGGAUAAUGACGUUUUCACUCCAAGCUGUGAUUUACUCUAUCAAGUUUGUAAAGUAGCGCUGUCUUGCUGUCCACAGGUUUGUUGUAUUUAUAAUAAUAGUCUGCAUGGAAUCUGAUCCUAUUUUGUUACUGGACCUUGAAGAUGAAUUUUGUCGAAAAUGUUAAACAUUUGUAUGUAACUUCAUUUUGUAUUUUCCCAGGAAAUUGGUCAUCAUCUUCUGGACAUUGUCAAUGAAAUUAUCCCGUUUGUGUUGACAAAGGAUAAUCGAUCUAAGAAGGUGCAGUAAAAUAAGACUCUCCUAUCCUAUCUCUUACUCUCUUACUAUAUAUACCGUAGUUGCACAAUUUCCAUUAUGUGUAUCGAUUCAUUUUAUACUCUUUCUUUUUUUAGGCGGUUGCUUUACUGAAGUUCCUGAUUGUUGACAACAAGUCCUGUUUAGAGUCGUCUAUCUCGUGUCUCGAUCCAUUCCCUGAUCAACCUCAGUUUGCAGUGUUUAACGAGGCUUACUGGUCUGUACGUCGAAAUGAUGAAUACUUCACACUAGCAGCGGUACGUUGGCUUUCUAUUUCAUGCACAUGAAUAUUAAAUAGUCUAGUUACACACAAAAUAACUCUUCAUUUGUAGAACAACUUCUUUUGUGUAUCCUCAGUGGGCGACACUGCGUGAAACAUUGGGGGGAACUUUGGUCAGGGUUUUAGACUUUCGUUGUUUAAAAAUAAUAUUGUUGGUCGUUCGACAAAGGUUUUAUCCCUUUUCACCCUCUUUUAUCCCCCUCACCCUACCAGUGUUUACCGCUGUCGUUGGGACAUUUUAAUUCAUUUUAGUCAGUCAGAAAAUUUGGCACUGAUGGAUCACUUACAAAGUUUUUCACAUCAGUGAAAAUUUUUUAUUUCUUUAUUAUCAAUGCAUGCCCUCUUUCCCUUGGGCACUUCCAAAAGUAAAUUGUUGUUGUUUCCGUAUAGGAAAUUGAACAUUAUCUUUCAAUGAGUGGCCGUUGUCGUUCCACGUCCAGGGUGGAAGGUCUUCGUUAUCUACGGUCAAGAUUUACACAUCAUAAGAAUGAUCUACAAGAAGCAACUAGAGUUGGUCUCGAUGGUAAUUUUCUUGUACCAUUGUCUCGUAUCGUUGCUUCCAUUGCUUUAUUUGUAUAACUAUGCUAUCACACAUCCUUACACAAACUUCAUCUAGUCCUUGAGGUCAAAUCCUCUCAACAAGGUUUCAAGUAUUAUACCAAGAGCAAUAUAAAGCAGUAUAUUGGAUAUUUUAUUUAUUUUUCAUAGUUAAAACAUUUCUCGCCAUUAAUUCCUCUUCAUCCUGUCCCAGCUGUGUAUGAAUAUUCAGAUCCCGUCUAGGGUUGAAUGAUAUUGUUCAUUUAACUCUAGGAUAAAUUGAUUAAAUUUCAAUGAUUGAGAGAACAAGAUGUCUUUCGAGAACCCUCCAACCUUCGUUUCCAAUUUUGAAAUAUUAUUACCACUUUUUUUUAAUAAUUUACGAAUCAUUCUUUUGUUUAGCGUCUCGUUCAUUGCAGUUUUAUUUUCUCUAGGAGGACUAUCAAUGAGACUGUUGAAGCGGCUGGUUAGCGUGAAAACUCAACGAAAAGAAGUGAUAGUUGAAGUUGCUAAACUUUUAGCAGAGAUUGGAUCAUGGAGAUAUGUUUCAUCUUUGAACCUCACCAUGUCUCAAGGUAUAAAUGUCAAAGCGUCAACAAGAUGUGUUGGCACUGCUUGUUGCUUGUUCCAAGUUGUUGACAAGUUUAGCACAUGUUGAUGAGACCAACAGACUCGCAACAAGUUGUUCCAACUUCAGUUGAAUUGUUUUUUUUCUUCAGACGAUGCUAACUUCAACUAUAGCAAAGCGUGUGAGGCUUUCAAAGGAGAUGAAGAAAGUUGUCGUAAUUGUCGAAUUCUUCACGUACUCAAUGAUUGUCUCAUUGAUAGAGAGUGAGUUGAACGUCUUAGCAAUAUCUUGUUUGUAUGUUGUAUUCACAUUGUUGGCUUCGGCAGAUAACACUAGCUCAAUUAUUUCGUAUAAUGCCAAAACUCCCGUAUACAUAGAUAAUAAUAUUUAAUAUUUAUACAGGAAUGCCUGAUUAGUAAAAUUUACUGUUAUCAACUAAGGUCCUGUGUUUUAAAAGUCUAAAAGUUAAGGUAGUUAUCUAUUUAUAUUUACAAAUUCAGAUGUAAUAAAUACAAAAUUAUUUUAUUUGCUUUGCUAGUAAUUGACCGUGCACAUAAUGACGUCAAACGAAACAUAACGACGUCAAAUUGCAUUGACGACAACUCGCAAUACAAUGAUGUUACAUGAAAUUUUAUUCGCUAGACAAGUUGGUUUUCAUAUUGCUCCAAUAUAAAUUGUGUUGUUCGUGUACAGUUUACGCUCACAAUUUCCACAUUCACCACCUUGUGCUCAACCUUGUGUACUACUUGAAUUUCUUCAUUAUUGUACGGCAUUAUUCCUGAAUAAACAUGGUUUCCAGGAAAAUAAGUAUAUAUUUUUCUUUGCUGAUUUCUAGCAUAAAGAAGGUGGUUGCAGCAUCUUCAUGUUUGAAAGACAUUCUUGGUAAACACAGCAUCGUCAUGCUGAUGAAAUGUUACGAAGAACAGAAAAUUGAUCAUCUCUUUGGAUAUCUUGAACCUUUUAAACCCAACAAGCGAAAAAAGGUAAAACAUUUUAGACUGCUUCAAGUCUCUGGAAUUGGGUUCAGUUUUGAUCAUUGAAAUCAUUAUGUAUGGCUUUGAUAGGUCUAUCCAGUCUGCUAUAAGAACAGUUCAUGGUUUACUGAUCUCAUAAUCCCCAUAAAAAAUGAAGCAAGUCUAAAAAUUUCGAUGACAUCAUCUUUUCAACCACAGACAGUGCGAUCCUGGUUCUCACGUGACAUCAUCGCCGUCUUAUUGGAUACAUUUGACGGAGUUCCCAGACGCACGUAUUCCUCUUUGAUCUUGACCCCAAUGGCAACCCCAUCCCAAACCUUGCUGCACGUGAAACUCGAGUAUAACCUGAUUGCCCUUAGUCGUUGAAUCCCUGGGGAAUGUAGUUGUAUAGCACCUAUUCUUGGUUACGUCAUCAGCGCCAUUUUCCUUGUUUGCAAUUUAAAUAUCCUCCAACAUUGUAAAAAUCUCUUUGUGCGUACUUUUUCCCUUAUGUGCUACACAUAGUUUUCUUCAUAGUGUUCAAAGUAAAAACUUUACUUCACGAUAUUAACCAUGAUAGUUAUGUAACAUACGGCCCUUACAAAUUUACAAGAACAAAAUUAAUUAGUGAUGAAUACGUUUACAAUUUAGUACAUAUUUAUAAUUUUUACAAAACAGGUCUUCUUUUGGUUAGUAAGGUUAAGCUUAUUAAGAAGAUUUUACGAAGUAUUUAUUUUUGAGAUAAAAAAUAUCGUUGGCUUCUGUUUGGUUUCUAAUAGUUAUUAUGACUUUCCUGUUAAGUUGGUUUAAAAGUUUCAUUAAAUUUAAUGUACUGUUAUGUAUUACCAUUGAUGUAAAUAUUUAUGAGUUACUAAAUUACACCGUAUAUAUCGUAUGUGUGCUGAAUAUGCUAUAUGUCCUAUUUAACUGUUUAAACUUUUUAUUUAACUUUUUAAAUAAUGAAUUUGGGGUGUUUCCACAAACCUAAACUGAUAUAACAUUUUGUUUCAUUGUUCGUUUUGUUAUAAAGAAAUCAGAGAAAGACGAAGUUGCAGUGAAAUCAAACCUUCAAAGUUUUUCAGCGAUCGUACGAGAUUGUGAUCUCUGGAAUCCUGGCAACUUCAUCAACCACACUGAAUGGAUCUCAACAUUGACUUCAAAAAUCAUUGAUAGCGGUGUUGUUCAGGAUGAAGUAUUUCAAUGUCUGUCUCAAAUGUGUAAAGUACAUGUAAGUAUUUUUUAACCACAUAUUAAUUUACUGAUUGGCUUGCCACAUUUAGUUUGCCACUUCCAAUUCUUCCUGGGGCAAAAAGUCAUUACUUCGCCUCGUGUCUUGUUAGUUUGGGGUAAACAUGUUCCCCAGUAAUGAGGAACUGGUAAAAAUUGAUCUGAAACAAGAACAAUUUACAUUUCUAAGUAUAUGUUAACCAGUACAAAUUGAAGAUAAAUACCACCAACUUUAAUAAGCUUUCCAAAAUAUCGUAAGAAAGUUAUUUUUGAUAAUAAAUCUUCAACCUGAAACCAGUCGUAGUAUGUUACCUUAAGUAAAGGCAGGUGACUAUUUCUGAGUUCUGUGUUUUUUAAAUGAAUUAACUUGUGCAAUCCGACGUGUUUGAUAUCUGUUUUCAGGCUCCGUUUGCUGAUCUCGUGUUUCCAUAUCUUAUUCAUGACAUUCUCCUCAAUCACGGAGCGACUUAUCGAGAACAGUUGUCGGAACAAAUCAGAAAAAUAUUCUUAUCUCAUGCCCAUUCUUGUUCAAACCAAAGCAGAGCAAGUACACCACUCAUCACGACGACUGGCAAUAAUGAUUCAAGUGAAGGUAAAUGAACAUGUGGCGAUGUUACACGGAACGAUCUUCAAUCAAGAGUUUUAUGCAAAUUAUGUUAAACGAAAUUGUAUUGGUUCAGUAACAUUUUGACAAAUUGUCGUUGAAAAUCGGCCCGUCUAACAUCGCCAUAACAGACAGAUCUGGCUAACGUUGUUUACAUCGUUGCUACCCAUUUCACAACUUUAGAUAACUCGCAUGCCUAGUUGAACAUGGAAUGUACGAAACUCAGAGUUAUGUAUGAGCUAUUCACUCGUGUAGAUCUAAUGCUAAUUAGUCAUGGGUUAUCUAAAGCUGUGAAUUGGCUAUACUCAAACUUUAGCCAAAUUUGUCUAUUGAAUGUUCAACAAAAAAUAGCACCUACACAAAAUUACUGUUUUAGUUAUGCUUGUACAAGGUGUUGUUGCUGUUGCUGUUGCUGCUGCUGUUGUUGUUGUUGUUGUUGUUGUUGUUGUUGUUGUUAUUGUUGUUGUUGUUGUUGCUGUUGCUGUUGUUGCUGUUGUUGUUGUUGUUGUUGUUGUUGUUGUUGUUGUUGUCGUCGCCGUCGUCGUUGUCGUUGCUGUUGUUGGAGUUGUAAAGAAUGCAUAGCAGACUCUCACCAAGACUCACGAACUAAGAGAUGUACAGACCAAGUGACUGAAAGAUAGAUAAUUUCUUCUUUUAACUCAUGGUUGUUUUCUUGUUUUUUAGCAACUCAUGAUUCUAUUCAUUCAGUGUUAAAUGUGAUCAAUUAUUUACGCAAACAACCACGUGAUGUGAGGUCUGGAACGUCGGGAACAUCGUGGGACAGUAACUUUUGGCUAGAAUUGAAUUAUUUAGAACUUGCUGAAGCUGCGUUGAAGAGUUCUGCUUACUGCACUGCUAUAUUAUAUAUCGAGAUAUGGAGAGAUAUUCACAAGUAAGAUUUUCUGUUUUUAAGCAUGGGAUUUACAAGGGUUGCGCCCAGCCUAGUUCUUGCCUUUCGCUUCCGCAAUGAUAGGCGCUCUGGAUUGAGAAGCCUGAGGAGAGACGGGAAGUGAGAAGGCCUAGCACAAUUCGAAAAUCUGCCCUUCUUGGGACCAUUUUUGCCCUUCGAGCGGCCCUAGGUUCUACAUAUUUACAUCGAUGUUUUUGUAUAACGAUAUGCCUUUGAACAAUGAAGAUAUUUCGUUAUGGAACGAAAUACUGACAGGUAAGGAUAUUUUAUUAAUUUAGGAGUAAAGCCAAGUUGACGAAUUUCGCCAGGCCGUCUCCCGCGGUCCAAAACCGAUCCACUCACGCGGGAAGGCCUGCCCCAGAACCUCUUAAGUUCGCAUUGAUAUUCCAUGAUUUAUGGAACAUUUCACGACAGCUGUUCGGUGGCACAUGGAAUCCUUCUGGAAAUCGAGCAUGUUUUCGUACUCUGGCGAUGUUUGUAAUAUUUAUUCUGUACCAUCAUGUAUGUACUGAACAAGAAGCUCCUUCAUUGUGUCCAUGGGUUUAUAUUUAAAGUUUUGAACACGGGGUGUCCACGGGUCUUCAAAAUCCUGGAAAGUCCUUGAAUUAGAAAAAAAAACAUUCCAGGACUGGAUAGUCCUUGAAAAUCAGUAGAAGUCCUUGAAAGUCCUGGAAUUAAUUUCCUUAAUCUCCAGCUGUGCCAACAUUAGUGAUUUUGAUUAAAAUUACUGAAUAAAGUGAUUUAUUUACGGCAAAUCCGUGCCAUUUUCAAACAUUUUUCCCAGUUCUAGGAAAAGUCCUUGAAUUUCACCUUCACCGAAAAGUGAACACCCUGAGAACAGCGUUAAAUAAUAGUAUAUGAUGAUCUGAUCUGAUGUCGAUAAUGAUAUAGUAUACAACCGAUAAUUCUGUAGUACAACUUAUAAUUAUAUACAGUAGUUAGUACAGACCUGUGUUAUGUGUAGACCGUAACUUGUCCGUAGACAAUGGCAUUGUGCAUUUGAGUUGUAUAUUGUUGACAUGGCAUUUCAAUAACUAACUCCACUACUGCUUGCCAUAAUUUUUCCAAAUUUUAUCAAUAGUUGAGCAACUUUCUUGCAGGGCAACAUCCUCCUAUUCAGUUGCAUCUGGUUCAGACACUCAGGACGUUGCUAUGGAGAUCAGUAGUGAAAGUACAGAAGAGAGUUCUGAGUCGAACUAUCAAAAUAUCUUAUUUGAAGCUUACGCCUCUAUUGGUGAACCUGAUGCAGUGUAUGGUUGCGGAGUUUCAACUGAACUCAAAGCAAGGAUACAUACUUAUGAACAAGAAAAACAUUGGGGAAAAGCUCUGAGUAAGUUUGGUUUUAUGUGUAAGUCCUCCAUGACUAUUCUACUGUAUUUUAGUCACCAGGCUUGCCUUUGAACCUGGGAGAUCCGGGUUCAAUCCUCGAAUAAGGACGUUAAAUCGUGGGUACCUCGGAUCCCCUAUCAAUUGGGCAGUAUAGCCUGUUGGGAAAUCCGCUGACCAACGAGUGAGAAACUCAAUAAAGUCCAACUAAACUUAAACCACAGUUGCUUCAACUUAAAAAAGGAUAAUUACUUACGAUGAAACUUACAACGCUAUUUUGAACACAGAAUCAUAAAGGUAUUACUCACAGAAAAACAGCGAGCACGGAGCGCGUUUGAUGGACUGGAUUUCAUCCAUACUAUGCUCACAAUUUCUCGUGGGUUAUCAAGAUUAUUAACUCAAUGUGUUCUCUGUUGUUGUUAUAGGGGCGUAUGAUCUAUAUUGUCGCCAGUCUGAUAACCAGUCGUGCGUGGGAACUGUGCAGGUAACACCUUGUUCGCUGGCGAAACAAACAAAAAAGGCGAAGCCGACGAAUAGGCAAUUCCAGCUUUUAAUUUAUGCGCGCAGGGGGUGAUGGGAAGUAAGGUAUCAUAUUGCUGGUUAUGCUGAAAAUUUUCAAUAAAAACUGCCGAAACAACCGAAAUAUUUCAAUAUUUACAAGUAUAAGCUAUCACUCCAUGUUUACACAGCCACCAUUUUUAAUUUUUCAGCAUAAUCAGCAAUGUGAUACCUUACUUCCCAUCGUCCCCUGCACGCAUAAACUAAAAGCUGGAAUUGCUUAUUGCGCUGCUCAAACGAAAUUAGGCAUCGCUCUCUAUCGCUCUAGAGUUAGUCAUUUUGUUAGUUUGUUUGUCCGUUAUUUUGUUAUUCAAAAAUGGUAUUUCUUCGGGCUUGUGAUGCACAUGCCCCCGCCCAAUGCGCCCUGCAUGUAGUACUAUAUCUGGUUCUGCUUUUUAUUUUUUUUAAUCUUUCCAAUUUUACACUCAGUUGUUACUUAAAGUAGGUUAGUAGGAGUGUAUACUAAUACAAUUAGCGGCCUCGUUGUCUCUUGUUGUAUCAGGCUUCGCUUUCGGUAACGUAUUUGCCUUCAUUAACUGUUCGCUCAUAGACAACUUGGAUUCGUUGUCUAAUUGUUAAUCAAUUGGUCUAGUGGUGCUAAAGUUUGGGAAAAACUCUUCGUGCAUCAUGCGACUCAUGUGAAAUUAUAAUCAGACUGAAUAUUGCAAGAAUCAAACCCGCGAACAGGUGUAAGGCACUUGUGGUAACCACUGUGGCACCAACAUCUUCUUUUAAACCCUUUAAUUGAAAUAUUUUCCUCUGCUCUGAUCUCACUAGGCUUUAAACACGUUUGGCCUUGAUCAUGUGACAUACAAUUAUCUGAAAGGGUUGGGAGAUGAAAACCAAAAUGAGGUAAAGACAUGCCUGUUACCACCAGGAGGUUUAUCUGCAAUUCCAUAUGUGUGUGUGUUUGCCUUUGUCUGUCAGUAUGAUAACUUCAAAACUAUCAAACGUAUCAAUACGAAAAUAUGUGGAUCUAAAGGACAUUGCCCAAGGAACAAAUUGAUUAAAUUUUGGAUGAAAAUUGGCUGAGAAAUUAGCGAAAGUUUGUCUUGCUUUGCCAGUAAACUGGAAUGCGCAGUUCGCGCAUUAUAUAAUUCAUGCAUGGUAUAUAACAUAAUUCUCUGACGGAGGUCUGCAGUCUUCGAGUUCCCUCUAGUUUCAAAUGCAGCUUCUGUUUUAGGCCUUUUGGACCUUCGCUCGAAACGUCGAAGUUCUCCUUGUAAUUUUCGGGUAGUUACAUCCCUAUCAACCGAAGUUUAGUUUGAAGUAAUAUUGCUGGUGUGAUAUAUUUUUUAGUUUCUGGAACUUCAAUAUGAAUCGGCUUGGCGAAACAGGAUCUGGAAUAUUGAUAAAGAUAUCAGGUAGAAAUAUAUAUUGUGUAAUAAUAUUUGUAAAAGUGCAAGGCAAGUUAAAUUGAUAAACGAUCCACUCUAUCAAAAUGAAAAAAAUAAUUAAGAAUUAAUUUAAAUUUUCCGCGAUUGUCUAUGCACGAUUCGCACAUUAGAACAUUGUGUCUGUUGUUGUGUUCAACAUUUUUUUUAAAUAUAAUUUUUAGUGAUAAAUUUACAGUUGACAAUGGAGGAUUUCAUGAGUGCGUCUAUGAGAACAUUCAGUCAUUACGAAACAAAGAUCUGAAAUUAUUUGAUUUCUCACUUGAUGAAUGCAGGUUAGUGUUACUAUGACAACCAGUGAAGCAUACAUUGUCACUCACAAUUUGUUAAUGUUUUUUUUUCAUCCCAAUACUUUGACAUGCCGAUAGUACAAUCUAAAAACAGCCUGGUCACAAUUUUCCUGGUAAACCAAGAAAUAACCCAACAAAAAAUUUUAUUGUCUCAUUUGAAAGAACGUUUAAAAUUAUUUCUAAAAUCUUGUUACAGAUUUUUCAUAUCAAGCUUAACUCUUGAAAUAUUUUUACUGAAAGAAAUGAACUGUCCGCCAUCUUGGAUUAUUGAAGAUAUGCAUGAUACGUCACAAGUGGGGUCACGCUAGUUUUUUAUCGUGACAGCCAGUGAUCAAAAUAUUCAAGAAUCAAGCCAAUAUAUGAAAAAUCUGUAACAAGGUUUUAGAAAAAAUUUUAAACGUUCUUUCAAAUGAGACAAUAAAAAUUUUUGUUGCCAUUGUCCUUUAACUGAAUAUUCCUGGUAAAAGUUCCUGGUUAUUUUAUCUUACUUCCUACCAUAAUCUGGUUAAUGUAAAUGGUGUUAGGGUGUACUGAAGUGAGUUUGGAGGUUGAAAGAACAUCUGGUGAAAAUGGCGGAACUUCUUUUCAGUUACUUUUAGCUGGCAUAGUUGCAAAAGUUUUGUUUGCUGGGUUUGGUGGGUAAUCCUAGUGACGAUGUAUAUACAGCUAUUUCAAUUAAGGUUGUCCCCCGAGCAAAGUGGAAAAGUCGAAUACGAGCGCGAAAGGCUGCUGGGAAUCGCUAACUUAAAUGAAUGAAUUUAUUAGCGAUUCCCAGCAGCCUUUCGCGCUCGUAUUCGACUUUUCCACUUUGCUCGGGGGACAACCUUAAUUGAAAUAGCUGUAUACAAUUUAAGACCUAAUCAGAAACAGUUGCGAAAAAUUUCCUCAACUUCACAGGAAUCGAACCUGUGAUUCUGGUGCUCUAAUCAAUUGAGCUAUACAGAGGCCAGUUGUCGAGCAUUGUGCUCAGCGGGUUACUCUGAGCUUUACAAGUUCAUGUAUGUGUGGGGUUUUGAGUGUGCGGGUUGUGAUAAGUGAACAUGAAAGAUGUUUUUUUUGCAUUUCACUUGGUUGAACUAGAAUGCUGAGUUUGGUGGAUAAUGCAAGUGAGCAUAUAUAUAUACACAAUUUAAGACCUCGAAACAUGAAGACUAUGUCUUCAUUUUAUUUCCAGAUUCCAGAUUGUCGACGAAUUAUGUAGAACGAAUACCGAGAGCGUUUGCGAAGUUUAUCCUCAAAUCUUACGACUUCAAUGUUUGGGAGAGCUCGAGCAGGCGAGGAAAAUUCAUGAAACGUAAAUUUUCUUUAUAUUUUUAUUUUCUGCAUGCAUUUAUAUAUCCACGAGUCUUCCUCUUGACGUGGAACUUCAGGGCCGCCGAAUGGUUUCGCGGGGCCCGGGGUGAAACUUCCCCCAUGUGGGCCCUAUGACGUCAUAAUUGAAAAACGGGAGAAGCGAUGUUUUACAACAUAUUACAUGUAAUUGCAUAUAAUUUCUUCAUACAAGAUUAAGCAAUCUUGUAUGAAGAAAUAUUAAGGUCCUUUGUUGCUUUGGUGGCACCUUUUGAGCUGGGGAAAAGUGCAAAGUGCCCCGUCGCCUCUCUCGGCGACCUUGCGUGUAACAUCGCUCAACCCAAGGUGAAGUGAAGUGGAGAUUUUCUUGUAUUUUAUGGAACACGCGCUCGAAUUAAUGAGUAUAAUAUACCACUUGAUUAUGACUACAUUCAAAUUUUUUGAUUGUUUUGAUAAUUUUCUCAAUCAGUGAACAAACAUGAAAAGCAUGUCCAACGUCUUUGAACAAAGAAAUUCGAACAAUUACGCUUGAGAAUGGUGCGUAAUCGUUUCGACUUUCGAUGAAGCAAAGAUGAUGACGUAAAGAUAUUUUAACUUUUAAUAUUUUAUAUUUUUACUUUCAAUUUCAAUGAAAAACCCUUUGAAAAAUGUUGUCAACAUGAAUUGUCUAUUUCUUUUCAAAAGAUUGCCACAACAGACUUUAAAGCUGUACAUUUUAUGCUAAUCAGUACUUUGUACAACCCUAUCUGUUAGCCAACCAUAUUGCCUUUAGUAUUUUGUUCGUAUGGUAAUACUAUAGACACCUGGUGAAGUGCAUUGAUUCCGUCCUAGAACUGGAUCAAAAUUAAUUCACCUCAGUGAUUUAUUCGUAUGAGAUGUCACAUGAAAUCCGACAAUUCGGACAUUACUGGAUUGUGAAUUUCUUGCAGUUAAUUCAGUCCUCGUCUUCGCACCUGAUAUAUUACGUACAAUACGUUUACUUGAUGUUUUUGAUGUUUUUCUCCAUUGUAGCCAAGAAGAGCAUCGCACGUUGCUUAGUCAGUGGAUUAUGGAUAUCCCUGAAAGUUUUCAUGAAUUAGAUUUACUUGAGCCGAUAUUGUCACUUCGAACUAUACUACUGCAAGAACUUCUUCCACUGUCUCAAAAUGAUCCCACAGCGGUGGAGCUAAGACAGUGUUUAUUACCUGCACUCAUACAGCAUUGUGAAAUGGUCUCCAAGCUCGCAAGACAUGCUGGCUGUUACCAAGUAAGAAUAACUACAACUAGAUAAUUGUUUUCUCUCUAAACAUUCUGGACGGUCAAAAUUGAAUAUGAAUAUGAAGAAAUAUUUGGUUUAAAAGUAAGAAGGAAUUUUUGAACCCAGAUAAAUAUGAGAUCAUAAUGUUUGAGAAACAGAUAAAUAAAUUUAAUAAGUGUAAAUAUAUUUUAUAAAUGUGUGGGUUUUUUUCACUUUGCUAUAGGACAGGGUUCGUACAAAUUCUUGAAAGUCUUGUUUUCGUCUUUGGGUAUUUUUUGAAAUUUGGUUGACAUUAAAAAACGGAUUCUUACACGAAAGCUGUUCAAAAUUAAUUAAAAUUGCAGUUAACAUCACAUUUACUGAUUUCGCCUGCUCAGCCCGUCCGUUAAAAUACUUAACUUGUGGCGUUAUUUCACGCUGUAACAGGCUAAUGAUUUGGAUUCUUGCACUUCACUUGGUGGAAUUAACAUUAGAAUGUUAGGGUUUGUAAUCCAAGUGAGUAUAUAUACAUUUUGGGACCUAACCAGGAACGACUGCGAAAAAUGCAGCACAAGGUCCUCUGGUAGACCAGAGGACCUUGUGCUGCAUUUUUCGCAGUCGUUCCUGGUUAGGUCUUAAAAUGUAUAUAUACUCACUUGGAUUACAAACCCUAACAUUCUAAAUGUAACAGGCUAACCCUGCUAUGUUUUCGAGAGCAGUUGUGAUGGAAUCGAAGUUGCUGGCUUGCAAUUGCGGUGCAGCACUUUGACCACUGAACGACAGAAUGCAUGAACUGCAGUGUAAUCCAGUGUGCGUGUGUGUAAGGAGAAAUAUUAAAUAUUUUGGGCUUCUCGUUCGACUAUCUGGGGCUCUGUGAGCAGCACUCUGUUCUGUUGAUCGAGAUUUCCGAGAUAUAGAACAUUGCCCGACUAGGACUGAUAAUUCUUUGUCUUCAUUUCUUACAGUACAUAUCUUACAGUACAUGUCUUACAAUACAUAUCUUACAAAGAGAAUGCAGUUGGAAUUUUUUGUUCUUCUCACAUUCCAGAUUUCAGAGAAGUCAAUAGCGACGUUGAAAGAUAUCAAAACAGGCGAAAAUAAUUUAACAUCAAGUUUUUCGUGGAAGAUUGAGGAAGCCAAAGUGUUUUGGUUUCAAGGCGAACAAGAGACUGCCAUGCAUCAGUUAAAACAAAUCAACGUCAGUCUAAAAGUAAGAUUAUAUAUGAUCUGCAUUGUUAUCAAGUGAUGUUUCUGGGGUUUUUUCCUCCAAAAUAUGUUAUAAUGCUUCCGAAAUAUACAUUAAUGCCUCUAGUAAAAUAGUAAGGAAGUGGGGUGUGCUAAGAGCUACCUUACUUGCAGCUGAGAGCUAAGCUGAAUUGCACGAAGGACACAACUCGACCUGAUCGAGUCGAAGUCUUAAUAAGAGCGCCUUUGUCAGCAAACUUAAGACUCGUAUCUGAUCAUAUAGAGCUUGUGUGUACGGUGGAAGGGACAGUUUGGAGGUUGUCCCAACCUGUCAACAUUCUCUGUGGGACGAAACCGCAGCACCCGGAGAAAACCCACGGCUGGGGUGGACCUUUGACCUGACUCUUUUCACCUAAGACUGCUAAGUGUCAUGAGCUAGUCUGCAUGCAGGAGAAUCGAGCCCACGAUCUUAGAGGCGAAAGGCGCUUGCUCUGACGAUUGAGCCAAGAUUGUUGUCACUGUUGUUUCAACAGAAUUUUAAUUGCAUGUGCAAAAUUCAUGUUACAUUUUUACUUUCAAGAAUGAUGCUAAGAGUUCCAAGCUGUUAUAUGCACAAACAUUAGGUCUUUAUGGCAGUUGGUUGGCAGAAACACGCUCUGAAAAUCCAAACACCAUUAUGGAGAAAUACUUGGAUAAGGUAGUGUACUUGUAGUAUGUGGAAUAAAGAUGAUGACCAUAGACCUUUUUAAAAAGUCUGCCUUGUGACGUAAUUUGUGGAUAAAUACGAUCAUUUGACCAAUCAGGCAAGCGAAAUGGCUGUGCGGGGUUUUCCUUUAUCCGCAAACUACGUCACAAGGCAGACAUUUUAAAAAGGUUUAUUCAAUUUGAAAUAUGUACAGCAUAUACCAAUACAAUUCGAAACAUGUUCACAAUAAGAUUAAAGUAACGAUGUGUUUUAUUUUGUUCUGUACUAAAUUUACCAACCAGUUCUGGUAUUUAUUUAUCGAUAUUUAUUUUCUUUUGCUCUUUUUUACCCUUAAUGGAACCAUUGGAAAUUUAUUUGAAAUUUACAAUGGAAAGCACAAGUUUAUAACAGUUUUGGGAACAAAAUAAAAACAUUCCCAAGGCAUUGAGAAUAGAUUUCUGUUGAAAAGUUACCCAGAAUUCUUCUGUGUGGCAGAAGUAGUUAACUACCAAGAUCACGUGGCCUGCUACAUGCACUUGUAUGUCCGUCUCAUCGAAAUCAUUUCGUUUUCGUUGUGACAGGCUGUUGAACUGGUGGAGUCAUGCAGUGAUAAACAAGAGUCUUCAAUUGAGGCAAGUUAUAGUAGUAUUAUAUCAUUCUCCACAAUAACAGCGUUAAGCUCAAGACGUUAAUAGCGGAAAUGACGUUUUUCAAUUGUUUUGGAUUAUGUACUUUUAAACAGGAUAUCAGUAAUUUUAACAUGCGUCUCAGUGAGACGAUCUCACGGCUGGUACUGAGGUUAAUUGUAAGAAGGUCGGAUAGUGUUAUCCACCAGAUAUUGAUUUUUUCCAGCGUUAUAAUAAUGCCUGAAAAACUAUAAAACUUCAGAUUUGGUGGUACAGUACAAAUUGAUUAAAACAACCAACAAAUGUAUUGUCCCAGUUUCAUUAUGAAUCUGAAAUGACCAAUUUACUGGUUGUUUUAACCAAUUUGUAUUUACAGUCAAUACAGUGUACUUCCACACACACUUGGUUUGUUGUCAUAUCUACCGCUCAGUUGUCGCUUUUUAAUCUUAAUGGCGUUUUACAAAUUUUGUUCAUUUAGGCAUUUUUGUCCCUUGCACGAUUUGCUGAUAGUCAAUACAAGAAUAUUCAGGAUUACAUGAAGUCCUGGGCAUUCGAAAACAAGCGUUCAAUAAUGAAUAAGUUAAAGGUACAGUAACUUGAAUAGAAAUAAGAAAUAUUUUAUUCUGUUAUUCUUUUUAUUAAUCUCAAAAUCGCUUUUGAAAUCCGAGAACUUCCCAACAGUCAUAACUAAAACAUGAUAGUCAUUUUUUCAUCCUUUAUAAAAGCAUCGCCGGAUUUUGAAGGAAUAAGGCGUGGUGUCGUGCACACCUCCCCAGAGAUCGUUUUGCAUCUCCCUGAAAGUCAUGAACUUCCCCUUGGGAAAGUUCAAAGUAUUUUGAUAGAUCAAAGUGAAAAUUUGACAAUUUUUUAUGUGUUGCUUAGAGUCUACACUUCGUAAGAACGUUUUUCUGUGAAAUUGAAACAGUGAUAGCCAUUCCUCUCUGUGUCAAGUACCCUUUUAAUGCAUGUUUCGAAAGAAACUUUGUAGUGAUGUAAUGAGGGGUAAAAUUGGAUGAGUCGUACCGUCAUAAUUCAUUAAUACACUGAUACAUAUGUACAGUACAUGCAUACGUCAUGUAGUUGACUUCAGUGGAGGGUAUAUGUUCUAAACCCUAACUUUAGUCGUACAUCAGAUCUCUAUAGCUACUUUAAUUGGUUCAUCUCGUUCGUAUUUGUUUUUGCGUGAUUUCUAUUUGUUGAUGUUUGAACCAUAGUCUGAGGUAGCAAAUCUUAAAGAACAUGGAGUGGAGAAAGGACGUUAUUUGCGAGAAUUGAGUGUACAAAGCCAGUCAGAUGAACAGGAAUUGACACAAAUGAAAGAAGAUCGUCUUAAAUAUCUGCAGAAAGCUGUGAGGAAUUACAUCAGAUGUCUUCAAGUUGGAGUAAGUGCAUUUUUGGUGUUGUAGUGGAAGCACCUCUCAUUUUCUGGAAAUGACCAGACAUUUCAUGCUAGACGUUCAAAUUAUCCCUUAAAACUGCAUGAUUGCUAUUAUUUCUAACAAGCAUAUACCAUUGGAAAAGGUAUUGAAAGCUUUGAAAUAAUAAAGAAACGUGAUUUUCUCUUCAAAACAAAUAAUGGACCAGAAUUUAUACAUUUUUACUUUUUGUGUAGCUGGGCGUAACGAACGUCAGACAAACAACGGACAUAUCCAACUGAUAUUUUUCUUUGUCUUUUAGGGAAAAUAUGAUCUACAAAUUUUUAGAAUUUGUUCACUUUGGAUGGAAAAUUCCACAGAUGAUACUAUAAACAAAAUUGUUGAGGUAAAAUAUUAAUGCAUGUACAGUAUUAACUUGUCGUUAUGAUUAAGCAUUAAUCCAAACCUUUCUUUGUAUUGAUUUGAUGUUCAAACCUGUGUUUCUGUAUCCUGUGUCAAACCUGUGCUUCUGUAUCCUGUGUGCAGAGGUUUUCUCGUUUCAGACGAAGGUGGCUUGAUACAAUUUUUGUGGAACAUUCACGAUUUAGAUCCGUAUUUUUGGGACAAUUAUUACUUGUUGAAAAACAAAAUGUAUUUCACUGAUGUAAAACAACACCUAAAGGGUUCGAAUUUUUUCACAAAAGUUACCAACAAUGUCGUUUCAAAGUGGUGGAUAUUUUCCCUUUAAAGUAAUUUAACUCGUAAACGACAUUGUAACCCCGAUUUUUAUUUUAUAAAAUAAUUUCUUUUAGUAUAUACUCAAUUAUUUUGAUAAUUUUAAAUAAAUUAUCUUGAGUUAAAAAACAUUAUUAUGAAUAAUCACAUUUACGCAAUUUGAAAAAUUUUGGUUCAACAGAAUUUUUUUUAAUUGUCAAAAUAAUUGAGUAUCCUAAAAUGAAAUAAAAAUUGGGGUCACUGAUAUCGUUUACGAGUUAAAUUACUUUAAAGACAAAUUGCGUAAUUUUUGUGAAAACCCUUUACAUGUUGUUUUACAUCAGUAAGAUACGUUUUGUUCUCAAAAAAAUACGAAUCUAAAUCGUGAAUUUUCCAUUUUUAAAAAACUAUAUCGAGCCACCUUAAGGCAAGGCCACUCUGCGCCUGAGUGCAGGCUACAGAUUCACAAAACAGGAAACCCCUUGAUUCAAGGUUUUUGUUGUACGAGGUAAAUUUGGUUGGAGGUGGUUAUAUUUUGGUACUUUGGAAGUAGUCUGGAAAUUUGGUCUUAAAGGUUGUGACUAUACAUACGAUGGUAUCCCAACCUUCAGACAACUUUAGUCCAUUGAGCUCUAUAUAUAUCUGAAUCGAGAACUUGAGUCAUGCGGCCUAUAAGAAAAGUGAAGUCAAGAUGACGAAAUUGACAUCCAAUAGCUAUGAAGGUCGUAGACAGUUUUAAUACCAUUUCCCCAGCUAAUUCCAGUUCUUUCUCAUGGAGCGUAUCGCUAAACAAGUUACCAGUUCAUAAAAGUUAAAUCGAUGUCAAAAUGCUAAAUUUCGUUACACUCCUUGCAAAAACAAUAGAAAAGUGAGUGGAACUGACGUCCAAUAGCUACAUCUUGGUUUUGCUUUUUGAACUCGAGUUCUCACUCCAGAUAUAUGUGGAGCUCACUCGGUGAGUUUUGACUAAAAUAUACAUGAUUGUGUAUAAUUCGAUGUAGAGUAAGAACGUUAAGCUUAAGUAUCGUGCACUCCAUAUUUCUUUACAGGAAGGAGUAUUUUCACAAGGUGGCAAAAUGUCGGUGGAGUCACGAAAGUUUAUUCCGCUCAUGUAUCAGUUGGCAGCUCGACUAGAAGCGAAGACGCAGGAAAAUGGGUUGUUUCAGAACAUAAUGAGCAAGGUAAUAUAGUUUCUGUGUUUUGGUCCAUUAGGUUACAUUGUUAUCAAAUGCAGUUCAUAAAUAAAAAGCAUGUUGAGAAUUGCAGAUAGUUACACAAACUAAGACGCCUUACCUCUGCCAUCUCAGUUACAAAAACAAAAGGAAAACAGAGGCAAAAUGAGAUGAAUGGGAAAGGCUAAAGACAAGUGCCUUGCGGAUAGCUCCCUCUCGGUAUUACGCACUUGGUUAAUGUCGCAUCAUGAACCAUGACCAAAGCUCGUUGAGCACCCCGCCCUCCCAUCUCCCCCCUCCCUCCCCUCUUCCAAUCCCCACUACUAACAUCUGGCUUAAUCCAUCCCAGUCACAGAGUCUUAUAAAUCAAUGAUUGAACUGAAAACACGGCAAGUUGAAUUUUUUAAACAACGCACGCGUGCGAAGUUAAUAUCGGUUUCAAAACAGACUUACUUAAAAAACUUAUGUAUCCCGAAUACACCUUUCCUUCCGUAAGGACGUCACUUUGGUUAUAAAGCCUCGUUUUCGUGUAUGUGACUUUACUUAAAGCCCACGUUUCAAUGACGAAAACGAGGCUCUAUAGCCAAGGUUCCGUACUUUUCGGAAGCAUGAAUUGGGUCAAAUAUAGCCACACAGUAUCGUAAACUAUGACAAAGUCAAAUUUUCCCAUCAUUUGUAGUUGAUAUGUCAAGCAGCUGUGGAACACCCGUAUCACGUGAUCUGGAUAAUAUUAGCAUUGAUUAACGCAGAUAAAGAUAGUAAAUAUUUAACUUCCGGUGGAGGAAAGAAAAGUGGCAGGUUAUCUAAGAAAUCUAACCAACAACCUGUGGACAGUUACAUUGACCAGGUAAGGUCUUGGAAUUACGAAAUUCUUCCAUGUAAAACUAAAAUUAAAUAUUAAUUAUGAUGAAUUACCUUUGUCAUAUAUAUUUUACGUUAAUAAUUCCCUUUUUUAUUCAUCGAAUUUUAACACGCAAAAUAAACAACUGAUUGUCUAGCCAGUUAAACCCAACAUAAGGCAUUGAACGUGGCUAGCUAACAGGGAUUAAAGUUAACAAAACGCCUGCUGAGGCAUUCACACUGGCCUCAAAAUGACAACUUGUGCGGUAGAGGGUAAUGGCUGUAUUCUAAAAGGUCACUCACACUCAAUGAGUGUAGGUUCUAUCUGAGCUUCUCUUGAGUGUCAAUGCUGUUUUUGAAUAGCUGGAAGGUGAGUAGUCUCAUAGUAAGGUAUAUGACACUAACCCUCCAGCUAUUCAAAAACAGCAAUGACACUCGAGAGAAGCUCAGAUUGAACUUCCAUUCAGUGAGUGUGAGUGAGCUUUUAGAAUACAGGCGUAAAUGUGUACGACAUCUUUAUAGGCGUUUUCUAAUUUUGUAGUACGGCCAAUUUCUCCAACUGCAAAGCCCAAUUGAAAACAUAAAGAAGUUUAUAGUUGUUUAUGAAAACAUCAACAACGUCAAUACCAGUGGGAUACUGUAUCCUCCAAUCUCACCUUUUUGUAAUCCUAGAUUAUUGAAUCAAGCUUAUAAUAUAUACAGACAAUACAAUACAGUAUAUUAUACAUAGUAGUUUUUAUAGAAGUUUUCUUCGAUUUCCAGUUUGGAAUAUUGAAGAUUUGUGCAGUGAACUUAAUGAUACAGAACUGAUUUCAAAAUUACAAUAUUUUGAUUUAAUUAAUCUCCUAGUGAAAAUUACAGAUUGGUAUCUAACGUACGAGUCAUAUUGCUAAUCAAAGUAUUUAUGUAUUGUGCAGGACCGUGUGAAGGCCGCUCUUCAUGUAAUUGAAAACGUUCGCAAAUCACGAUCAGCUAUAGUCUCCGCAAUGGAGAAACUGAGUGAAGCCUACAUUGAGUUGGCUUAUUAUGAUGUGUCGCAGCACAAGAAUCAAACAGGUAAAAUGGUUAAAAAUAGUACUUUGUAGUUUAAUGAAAGCUAUCUUGGUUUGCACCCCAAUGACGUCUCCUUCAGAACCAUCUUCGAGAUACGUUUAAAUCCGUUGAGAAACUGAGGGGCGGGGGGGGGACGCUUACCCGAUUUCAUGUCCAGCUUAUUAUUCGCAAUCUAAUAACUGAAGACGCAGGCAUUCUUGACAUAAUUAUGAUGUUAUAAUCUUCUGAAUUUUGUAAAAUCUCACCCCAAAAUGCAUGAAAUGGCGUUUCAGAGGCUCUAAAUUUCAAAAUUGCCCCCGGACCUCCCUACAGUGUCCGCGCCUUUGGCGCUCAACUUGUACCACCCCCCUCCCUCCCCCCCACUUUGUAAACCCUGGCUACGCCACCGAUACUAACAAAAGAAUGUCAUUAACAGCUGUUGUAUUUGGUGAAUGGUUUUGUGGAUGGCGAGUGUGGAUUUUAUACAAAACCCUUCUACUAAUUAGUUAAUCGAGUGUAGAUGCCCCAAAUCCUGAUAUUGUAUUUGGAGCUCUGUGUUUGGAGCGUGUUUUCCUCCAACAUGGCCUCUCUGUAUACAUGCUAGUCUCAAAGGAUUGAUUGCAAUUUACCAAUAUGUGAAUUUUUAAUGUGUUCAAUUCAUUCAAAAGGAUAUAUUUGUGUGAGUACAGUAGAAGUUGUGUUGAUGUUUUUAUCACUGUUCACUUUGCAAUAGUAAAGUAGGCUUGUUUCUAAUAUUGUGACUGUGUAAUACUGUAUUUCAGGUCCAUUAUCUAUGCCAGAUGUGACUUUAAAACGGAUUACCAAUCUAAACAACGUUGCUUUACCUACAGUAGACAUCCAGGUACAUUAAUGUCACUUCAAAUGCAUGGUGACAGUAGCCUGCUCAUAGAGCCUGCGUAGCAGGCUAUGGUGACAGCAAUAUUGCUAAUUGUCCAAAUUUUGGAAUUGGACAUAUUGCACUUUAAUACGUGUAUGAAGAGAAUGUUAAAAUUAACAUAUGUACCUGCCAAAGCUAAGAUCAAUCACAAAGGCAAAGGACUGUGUAACGAGCGCACACGGUUCUGACAAACGGCUUUGCCAGUUGGACCGUAACGAUUGUUAGCGGUAACGGCUGAUCAAGACUCUGAGCGCAAUAUCGUCAGGUUGUGAAUGGAAUUUGUUUAUUUGUAAUUUGUUUGGAGACGAGGAGCCAAAUCGUGUCCGAAGUAGUAAAAUUAAAUGCGAAUAUUUGGCGAUAGGUCGGUAUUCAAAUCAAUUAAACAUCAUAAGGCCCAUCUACACGAUACGACCAGUCUUCCACGAUUCUCAUCCUGGCGUAUGUACUCGAAGAAAUGCGUGUAAGGGUGUCACAUUUCAAAUUUCGCCGUAAACUGAUGAACAGGAAUAGUGGUGUCUGCAGUCGUUUCCAUACGCCAGAUUGACAAUCGUAUAUGACUAGCAUCGUGUAAAUGGGCCUAUAUGGUUAGAAUUUUGUAUAACAAAUUUUAUAUCUUAAGCUAGAAUGACCCUAUAUAUACCCAAACACACCCGAAGUCCAGAUUGCCUUACAUUAGACCAGUUAACUGAUCAGUUAGCAUAUUUCAUCUAACUCCACAAUUCCUUAAUAAGCACUGUUUUACAGAUUGAUCCAAGCUGUCGCUAUGAAAACAUCAUUUCCAUUUCAAAAUUUGAACCGAAGUACCAUUUGUGUGGAGGAAUCAAUUUGCCAAAAAUUUUGCUUUGUGUUGGCUCAGACGGCAUAAAACGUAGACAGUUGAUAAAGGUAAUGUUAUUUUCUUUCUUAAUUCUUUAAUUUAAACAAUUUAUAAUAUAAUAUAAUACAAUUCUCAUUAAACAUGCCUUAAACAUGUUAGACAUGGCGAAAACAAUGGUCUGACGUAAUGCGUGUUCAGUUUAACUGUGGACAGCCUUUUGAAUUUAAGUUAGCCUGCGUAGCAGCCGUUUUUUGGGGGAAGGAUUUAUGGCCGAGAGAAUUAAGUCGGGGGAACCGUAGAUAUAAUAAAUAUCGUUUAUUUCUAUGGGGAGAACGCGCUGGCGAGAGAACGCUUAAUUUUCCCGGCUGCAAAUUCUCCCACACAAUUCACACUCGAAAUUUCUAGGUAGGCUACAAAACCGUAGUACAAGUCGUCAUGUCGAGUGUAGAUGCCCCAAAUUCUAGUAAGUUCAUUACCAUGAUAUCAAGACAACAAUGCGACAAGGAUUUCCUUUGUGUUUUCUUCGUGAAUUAUUAAUAAAGUUAUUAGUUACCCCUCAGAUUCAUUUAUUACUAUCACCCCUCAGAUUGAUAUUUACAUCUUUUGUUUCAAGGGAAAGGAUGAUUUGCGUCAAGAUGCAGUUAUGCAGCAAGUGUUUGGAAUGGUGAACACUUUAUUACAGAAGAAUGUGGAGACCAGAAAACGUAAUUUAAAAAUACGGACAUACAAGGUAAAUGACGUUAUUUUUAUUUCAUAUGCAUUAUGUGUAUUCUGACCUUGUGUUUUCCCAAGAAGCAUGCACUAGCCGAAAAUACAACUGUAAUGUUGAAAGUUGACCAUUUUUUAAACUAACCUAAUUCAUAUUUAGUUGGUGAUGAACCAUUCAACCUUCGAAGCGGUCAUUUGAGCAACACUAUAGCCUAUAUAACCACCGAAAACAGAUACUUGAAAAAUAACAACAUCAACAAACAAUGACAACAACAACAACAACAACAACAACAACAACAACAACAACAACAACAACAACAACAACAACAACAACAACAACAACAACAACAACAACAACAACAACUAUACGACAAAAAUAACUUUAUUCAACUAAAACAAUAACUUGAACCUAUGUUUUGCUUUGUGUCAAUUUUCUAUAUAAGGUUGUUCCAUUAUCUCAACGUAGUGGUUUAGUAGAAUGGUGUGAGGAUACAACGCCAUUAGGAAAUUAUCUUAUUGGAGGGCAAGGGAAAAAGAAUCUUGGUGCACAUGAAAGAUAUUAUCCUCGGGAUUUGUCUUCACUGGACUGUAGGAAGAAAAUGCAGGUUUGUAUAUUCAGUCGCCGUUGAUGACUGGAACCGAGUGUUAAAAAGUGAAAGAGCAGCUCACUAUUAAUAGUAUACAAAGUUUGACCGCAUUUGGUUAAAUACAGUAUGAAUGUGUGUGGAGUUUUGAAGUUUUUCGGGGCGCACAAUAUAUUUUAGAGUAACUAUUUUCCCACUUUUUGAUGGCUUGUUAUUCGUACAGUAUAUGUAUCCAAAUGUGGUCAAGAUUUGUGAACCUAAUCAUUUUAGCUGAUUAUUUCCAGUGGUUCAUUUCCCCUUUUAACACUCGGAAAUCCCCAAAACAGCUGCUUUAAAACAUUUCAAUGUUUCCAUGCAGAACUUGUAGUGUACUGAAAUCCAGGUAUCAAAGUCCAAUUUGAACUUCCAGUCAUUGUGUCUUCAAAGUGGCGUUUAGACUUCACUAUAGUUGCCACAGAAGAAACAUCAAAAGGCAUCUCAGAGAGUGGACCCUUACACAGUAACCCCCAUGUCGCAGAGAAUGAAGCAAUUAUUGCUAUAUGUACUGUAUAAAAUUUAUUUUAGGUUGUAAAAUGGUGAUAAAUGUUGUCAUAUAAUUUAUAUACAUAUGUAUGUAUGGGAAUUAUAUUAGGGAGGUAUAGGUGACAUUAAAUUUUACCAUCAGUUUUGUAUAAUUAUUGUAGGUUGUCGACCGUACCAAUGUUAAUCAAAAGUGUAAAGUAUACAAGGUAAGUUGACAAGUUCAGGAGUACACUCAUGCAGGGGAGGUUGUACAAAUCAAGCUAAAUAGCGCUAAUCGCCUGGGGCCGGCAUCAAACUCGCGUAUUGUAGAGUUAACUACUAUUUAAUUAUUGUUAAAAAGUAGUUCAGAAUUUCAUACAACCGGCUCCUCAUGAUGGUGCAUUUUUUCAACCAUCGUCAAGCUGCGGAAGUACGAAUAUCGGCCCGCAAUAUUCGGUAUGUAGAAAAUAUUAAACACUAUAAACAUUAAACUGGGUUAUACCGAUCAAUAUACGACCAAUUUUAGAAAUCUUGAAAAAAUAGAACUAUCGGUUGAUAUCGCCAUCUGGCUUUCGUACAACUAGCCCGUGUGAGGUAAAUAGUAAUGGCUUUAUUGGCAUGACCUCCUUAACAUAAUAGCAGCUCUGCCAAGCUUGUAUCGCAACCUGGAGAUGCUUGGAAAUGAAACGAUUGACUAUAUUUACAGUUGAGAAAGCUUCGGAUUAAUAGGGAUACAACUACCUGAAAAAUGCAAGGAGAACUUCAAUUGAACUUAUAGUAUUUUUCAAGUAGUUGUAUUCCUAUCAAUCCCUUUCUUAUUACUGCCACUACCUACACUAGCCGUUCAAGAUUAUAUUUACAGUUGAAGUAAUUUUAUUGUUUGUCUAAUAUGAUGAAGUAAAAUUUCAAAUUUGUAAAUGUACUGCUUAUUAUCAGCAUGAGUUAUGUAAUGAAUAUUUUAAUUUCCAGGAAGUAAUGUCUCGAUUCCAUCCAGUCUUCAGACAUUUCUUUUUGGAGAAAUUUCCAGAUCCAUCACUAUGGUUUGAGAAACGUCUUGCAUACACAAGAAGUGUGGCCACCGCUUCCAUAGGUACGUUUUCAGUGGCGUCAAAACUUGACAAACUUCGCACUUGGUCUAAAAAAUUUGCAUUUUUGUCACCAAGAGUUUCCAAAAUUUUAGAAACUUACCUCAUCUUUAGUACUGCAGUCUGUUACAUAUUUAUUUCAUCUACACAGAGCACUUACUACACAUCGAGGUAUAAUACCGCUCUCAAACAAUCAGCCCCACGUUUAUAAAGUUGUAGUUAUAAUAGUUUUUAUAUAACACCUUAUUAAAAUGUGGUAAAUUAGUAGGCUGAUUAUAAUCACGUGGUAUUGAAUGAAAAUUCCCAUUUUACAGCCGUGCAUUUUUUACUAUAUGUUUCGUUCCAUUGUUUGGUUUUCAUGAAAACUAACUUCAUUAACUCGGCUGUCGCCUCGUGAAUGGAAAACUCCAUCUUUCACCUCAUGAAAAUAUUCUUACCAUUGCAAUCAUAACUUUAUUAUAUUUAUUGUGUUAUUAGUUGGUUAUAUUGUGGGCCUUGGUGAUCGUCAUGUCCAAAACAUCUUGAUCGAUUGCAAUACUGCAGAGUUGAUUCAUAUUGAUUUAGGUGAGUUUAACACUUUAUGGAAUAUUAUGAUAUGGAAUACAAUAAUUUUAAAAUAAAUUUUACAACAAGAACGAUUGAACGAAGACUAAAUGAUCUUAUUAAACCCCAAUCAUAACCCCUUCCCCAAUUCAUAACCCCAGCCUUAAGCCUGUCCCCAAUUCAUAGCCCUUUCCCUGACCCCUGUCAUAACCCCUUCCCUGAUCCUAACCAGUGCCGCAGAGAGGUUGGCGGGGGCCCGGGGCAAAUAUUUUUUUGGGGGCCCCCUAUCCAAAAAAAAAAUUCCAGAAAAAAGUUUUUCCGGAGAACAACCUCCCCCCCCCCCGGGCCAAAAAUUUUUCGGUCAGUGUACCAUUUUAGGGGUAAAAAAAAUUUUACGGACUAAAAAAUUUUUUCCGGACGAGUACGUUGCUAUUGCUUUCCAGGGACUUUAUCUCAUUUUUUAUGCCAAAUUUCGGUACUUUUCUCAAGAAAACAGAUAUCUUGUCCUUUGCGCGGAAAUAUUUAACACACAAAAAACACUGGGGCCCAACAAAAUUUUUUCAGGGGCCCCCAGCACCUCGGGGCCCGGGGCAAUUUGCUCCCCCUGCCUCGGCGGCCCUGAUCCUAACCUCAAUCAGAACCCUUUCCCUAACUCCAAUCAUAAUCCAACUCUGACCCCAAUCAUAAUCCCUAACCCUGACCUCAAUCGUAACUUCUUUCCUGACCCUGUUGUGCGCAAAACAUGAGGAUAUCACCUCCUAAUAUGGAAAGUCAUACAGCCAUGAUUUCACCACAUGCGAGACGUGUUCUUCCAGUUUGCCUCCGACAAACACUAUCGGUAUUUCUCUUACUACAUCUCUAAGGAGAACACUUUAGAGCAACUGUGAACGGAAGAAACACAAAUUAAUAAAGUCUAGUAUUUAAUUUUUGUUGUGAAAUGACAUAUUAUUUUGCCACCAGGCGUUGCUUUUGAACAAGGGAAAAUGCUACCAACCCCAGAGACGGUUCCAUUUCGUUUGACGCGAGAUUUGGUUGACGGCAUGGGUGUCUCAGGUGUUGAGGGGGUGUUUCGAAGAUGUUGCCAGAAGACGAUGGAAGUGAUGAGGACGUCACAAGAAGCUCUACUUACCAUCGUGCAGGUUAGAGCACUGAGUUUGUAUUUCAAUUCUAACGUUCAAACAGGGUGCCGGUUAACCGAGCAGAAAUUGUUGCAAGGUUACAUUGAAUUCCAACGUUCAAACAGGGUGCCGGUUAACCGAGCAGAAAUUGUUUCAAGGUUACAUGGCAAGUUUCAACCCUGGAUGAGUUAAAAUUUCAGUUCAACUGGAGUGAAAUCUCAACUCGAGAUGAAAGUCUCAAAAUGGAUAUAUUUCACUUCUUCAAAUAAUUUGUUCAUUUGUGCGAGUUUGUGAUUGCAUUUUAAAACGGGAGGUUGGUCUGAAACUGUUGUUGUAAUCAGCUCUUAUACACACAUAAAUUUCCUGUAUUGAACUAUUUUAUUUCAAUUGCAAGGUCCUGCUGUUCGAUCCACUAUACGUGUGGACGCUGAGUCCUUUGAAGGCAAUGUCUUUACAAAGAAAACCUGAUAUGGAUGCUUCGUCUGACGUCACAAGUUCAAGCGUCUUGGAAAGACGUGACAGCUUAGAUGAAAGUUCUGUCAACAAGAUGGCGGAACGAGUUCUUGUUCGGUUGAGACAAAAACUGGAUGGAGUAGAAGAUGGGACAUUGCUGAGCGUUAAGGGACAAGUGAACCAUUUGAUACGAGAGGCGAGGGAUCCUAAGAAUUUGUGCAGGUUAUUUCCAGGCUGGCAACCAUGGAUAUAGAGAUUCUCAACUUUCGUCAGUAAACAUGGCCACUUCAUCCUAGUGUCCUUUCUCGUCAUUGCCAACGUGUCUCUGAUCAUUUGUGAUCAUUGCCAACAUCCACAGAACACAACUAUACGGCGCAGUACGACUGCCUGAUUACCACAAGUACGUGCGCUGUUCGCUAUUGGAAAACAUGUUUGGCGAAAUAUUUACAAAAAUAAGCAGUUCAACUGGGUUAAAUUAAUUGACAAACAUCCCAUUAAUUAAACAACCACGACAUAAAUAUAACCAUAUCUGUAUUACUGAUAAUAUAGCAACUUUGGUACUUCGCAUACCGUAUUCACUCGUUUAAGCGCUGCCCCCGAUUAAGCGCCGCAUUCACGGUCGGCAAGAGUUGUUCGAGAAGCCCAACCACGGAAGCAAAACGCCCUGGCAAUGUUACACUAUAUGCAACUUCUGUCACAAUUUUGCUGGAACGCACGUAAAUAUCCCCUGCAAUCGUCGAGUCUCGCAACAGUUUUGUUGCAGGAAGCAUUCCAAAAGCUAGUUCGUCUGGUUCUACAACGACAUUGUUUCGCAACAAAUUUGCGACUUAACAAGUCUCGGAAUUUUUUCCUGUAUUUCAGUGUUUUAUUUUGUAGCAUUUCUUGUCAUCGUUUACAAAUACAAUGUUUUAUUAAGAGCACCGCCAUCGAAUAAGCGCCGCCCUUAAAUAAGUGCUGCAUCCGAAACACUAAAAAUGUAAAGAGCGUGCGGCGCUUAAACGAUUUUAAAUAUACGGUCCUGCACGACUGCGUGAAAACCGUAGAUAUCUUAUAUACGCUAGAUAGCGCAUCUCUUUUAGGAAAAUUGAAGCCAAGAAUAUUCCAGCGGUUACCCCCAUUUGAAUAGAUGGCGGCCAUGUUGGUGUUUCCCACUCGCCAAUAAACGCUUAAAAACAACAAUAACUUUCAUCAUUUGAAUAGUUUAAAAAUGUAUUUGGAAUAGGUUUACCUUAAUAUUUAAGUUCCGUGUUUAGGAAAUAGAAAACAUACGAAUCUUCUCAUUUCAUGGGAAUAUCCAGAGUCUGCAAUUACGGCUUCAAUUUUUGAUCAUGAAUUGUAGAAUAAUUAGAUGCACUAUCUAGUGUAAAUAAGAUAUCUAUGGUGAAAACAUGGUUGUUUAUGAAUGCGCACAGGCAAACUGAAUAAAGACACUGAAAUGACUUCCUACAGAGUAAUAAGAAAUAUAUUUAAUUUUCUAUUUCUAAAAGUUAAGAUUUGUACAAAUUAGAAGUUUUUUUUAAAUUUGAUAUGUUAAAUUUUCCUUUCUUCAGUAUGUAUCUCCACUGGCUUUUUCGUUGUGUGCUGACAAUCGUUCCAAAUCAUUGUUUCCUAGUUAACAUACUCGAAAAUCGUGUUAUUUUUUUAAGAUUUAGGUCUCGAUCAAGUUUUUGAAGUUGCACUUUUCUCAAUUUUGACAAAGUACUCCAUUGUUAUUAAUAUGUACAGCACUUUCUGUUAGGGUCAAAUCACCUAGAACGCAGUGUGCUGAAAUUUUCAUAUAUGGUAGGCCUAAAUGGUAUUAUAAAAUAACUACAGUGAAACACGCAAUUUGAUUGGUCAAUAGCCGUGCAGGAUCAGGCUAUCCUGCAUGCACGAGGAUUAAAAUGCCUUCGCGGGAUUCUCAAAAUGUCAUUGUUUCACUGUAGUUAUUUUAUAAAACAAUUACCAAAUGGUUUUGCAAGCAGAAUAGCGUGAUCCAUGCACUUGGGAUAUUGCUCGACUUUCGGAAAGCGUAAAAAUACACUCGCCUGCGGCUCGAGUAGUUUUACGCUUUUCGAAUGUCUCGCGACAUCCCGCGUGCAUGGAUCACGCAAUCCUGCAUGGAAAACCAUUCGGUAUUCCUUUAGUACUGGAUUGUUAUACGAACCAUAGACGGAGGAUAGUUGCUUAUGAUUGUUGUCAAUAAUGCACGAGGGUGGGGCAUUUGCAUUAUCGUGUGAUGUUUUCUUGCCCAAAUCACAAAUGUGAAAUGCCUGACAAGUAUAGGCAUGUCCCGAUUGUGCUCGGCAACUUUAAUUGCAUUCCACCACGAUUUCGGGUUACUGCUUCUUAAACGUCUAAUUUUCUUAUCAUAUAGAAUGAUUUCUUUAUCUCAUUAGAUACUUUGUGGCGUAGCGAUCUAAAUUUAUAAAAUAAUGCAAAAUUAUAUGGCAGCUAGUUUUCAAUUCAGUCAAUAGUCAAUACACAUCUGAUUGGUUAAAUCGGUACAUUAAACCAGUUUAAACGAGAGGGUCCACGAAAUGGUCCACUGGUCUAGUCCACUUGUCUAAUCCACUGGUCUAGUCCACGGAUCAAGUCCACGAAGGCAGUCCGUGGACCUCAUGAGGUCCGCGUUUUGUCGUUUCCUGUGCGGAGUGCGUUUACAGAGUCUGUCUAACGUUAUUAUAAUCACACUUUAAUGUGAUAAUCUUGACUCUAUAGGUAGAAAAUUUCAAAGUUCAAAUAGCUGAAUAACGGAAAGCUCGUGCAAAAAUCCUUGUAUAUUUAUAUCACGGUUUAAUUCGCUCGUGGAAUGUAAGUUUGUGGAUAUGCAAAUUUUCUUGUUGUGUGCAUGCUGACAAAUGACAAAGACAUGCAGUCAUUCAAGUCACGCGUUAUCAACGAGCUAUCACAAUCAGACAUAAUAGUAUACUAGUUAUAAAGAACAGUUUAAUAUACCGUAUUAGGAGCAAGGCAUGCGAAGAACUUGUCCCUUAUUGAGUUUGGCAAAUUUGAAAUUCAGCUGCUCAAACCAUUAGGUAAGUAAAUUUUAUCAUUUGGUACAAAGUCAUAAAGCUAUGCAUGGUUGACAAAGACGACACUGUCGUUUCAGACAGUCGGGUAUUAUAGCAAUCUGUUGAGUAUUAGACCGGUAUUUGUAGCAAUCAGUUGAGUGUCUAUCUGUUUGGUAGCGCAUAAGAAAGCAAUAAUUCAUCAUUAUAACCCUCAAAGGCAAUGAUAACAUAAAAUAGCAACAAUUUAACAAAAUAUAGUGUGAGCAUACAGUCUCACUACAGUGUAGCUAAUAAACCAAAACAUAUUAAGUUACAAGUCAUUCGAUGCUUUAGUUUUCUAGCAUUCUCUAGAAUUUAUAUUUAGUAGCACUGCAGUCUGCAAUGCAACUAGUUGGCUUCACUAAGACUACGAUCACCUCGCCAGUUGCCUAGUCCGCAAAUGGUGGCCCACGUUUAAUUUGUGUCUCACUUCUUGUUAGCAUAAUAUGGCCUCAGCCAUAUUAUCUAUCACUAUCAGUAGAUUAAUUAAAGUUUUAAAAUAUAGUCGACUUAGUUUUCUUUAUGUCUGUCUUUAAUAAUAGUGGUUUUGGUGUGAUAUAUAAUUAUAUAAAACAUCUAACAGAUCCAUAAGAAACGGCCAGAGUUUAUAGAUAUAGUAUUUUAUGGUAUAUUGCCGAGGGCAGCGGGUGGCGGAUGAUCUCAACGGGUGACGGAUAACUGGUGACGCGUGACUUACACAAAAAAUUGUGUUUUGACCAAUUGUGUUUUGACCAGUCGUGUUUCAAGAUCAGUAAUUUACGGUAUAAUUUACCUCAGUCAUUUGUUAUCCUGCAGCUCUGAACUGCUUGGAAAUAUCACCGUAUUUACGUAUUAUGUUCACAUUUUAGCGUCAACUAAGAAAAAAUUGUGAGUGAUUAGAAGGUGAAAACAUACUAAGAAAUAGUAUUGGAGGGAAUUCAUUUAAAUAAAAUAUUUUAACCUAAACAACAAACAGAACACGCGAAACGUUCGUUAACUAAAGUAUCAACACACAAAUUUCCCAAUGUAAUUCUAUGAUCAUAAAUAGAUUAAUAUAAAUGGGUGCAAAAUGUUACCUGUCACUCGCCACCCGCGCAAAAUAUAUUGUAUAUAUUAAUAUCAUAGGAACAAGAGAACAUGGUGAAAGUUUUGAAGAGACAUUUUGAAUUGAACACCGCGGGAACAGAAAUAGUCAUUGCCGAAAUAAUCCAACUAAUACAACUAAUAUUGCCUGCAAAUCUAAUUGAAUCACACUAUCGGUUGGAUUUACCUGUUUUUUAUGUUAUGCAAAGGCCCAUACUAUAUUAUCUUGUAUCUCACCUCGACACAUAUACGUAAGAAAAAUUCAUAUUAUGGUACAAGAAUGUUAAAUGAUAAUAAACGUUUGGCAAGAAAGAAUUGAUGAAGAAAUAACAUCAUGUUUCAAUAUUUCUCAUUUAAUUCACAGGAAUUCAAGUAUGAGUGAAAGCGUAAAGGCUUUAGGUAGGUUCAAAUACUUCAAAAUUACUAUGUGAACAUCUAGUGAAAUGAUAACAUCACUUUAAGUUGAAAAAACAAUAUAAUUAGACAAAUAUUGUUACUUCAUAGUAAGUUUAUGAACAAUUACUUCAAUAUAAAGCUGUGUCAAUAUCCCUAAUUCAAGCUUGCAAUUGAUGAAAGUUUUUUUGCAGUUUCUAUACCCUGGUUCCAUGAGAGGUUUAUUUUCAUUACAUAUAAUAUUAGCAAUCGCGAAGUGAAAAUAAUCCUCUGGUUAAGAAAGCGUCAAUAAUCGCGCUAUCGACAUCCUAUUAACAACUAACCAACGAGAACACACUUGACACGUGACAAGUUUUGAACUGAACCAAUCAUAGAGCUUUUUGUGUAAUUAUCCAAUCAGAAGACAAAGUCAGAAUCUGACCCUAGUAGUUUUAAGAUUGCCGCGGUGCGAUCAAUCAAUUGCUGCUUUCAACAGAGGUUUAUUUUCGCCAUUUCUAAUACUAAAAUAAACCUCUGUAACAGGGAACGAUCCAAUAUCUCUAUAAUUGCAUCAUCUGUUUCAUAAUUCUGACCGUGGUCUUAAUCUUUCAUGUUUUAUUCCUCAAACACCGUUUAUCAUGGACUUCACUAAAAUCAUGCUUUGUGACAAUAGUGAUCACUUAUUCUUCUUUAGGUCUUGUAUGCUGUGCAAUUUUACUCAUUGCCACAUGUAUUGUGGUGCCAAUCUCAAUGAUUGUUAUCGGUAAGUAGUUCUUUAAUAGUUUCAUGGAUGAAUUGCAUCUGUUUCUGAAUGUUUUUAUUAUUUUUAUUGCGUCCUCGUUGGAGCUUCGGUGGCGAAGUGGUUAGCGCACUUGCCUUUCACCUCUAAGGCUGCAAGUUCAAGCCUCAGUGAGAACUUUCUUAAUGCGACUAGAACCCAGUCCUCAUGUGAAAAGAGUAAGAGUCAACGCUCUGACGAAAGUCGUGGGUUUUCUCUGGGUACUCUGGUUUCCUCCCACAGGGAAAGUUGACAGAGUGGGUUAGAUAAAAGCGCCCACAGUAAUUGGCAUAUGCUGUUGUGAUGACCCUGCCCUAGUUGGCAAAGCUAAAUAAAAAAAUAAAUAAAUAAAAAUAAAUAGUUAGUGAAGUUGUAAAAUAAAAACUCCCGCUGGCGUCAUGUUGUUCAAAUUUUUGGGUGGUAAAAUUUCAUAUCACUAUCUAUUGUAACAAUAAUACUGCAAAAUUAAUAUAAUUUAAUCAGCAAUGAUUUCUUUCAAGAUUCAGUCGGUGACUCAGUGUUAAACAUGCACUUAAUUACAUCCCUCAAACAUUUCUUACAAAUCCUUCAAAACUUAGAAUGCCUUAUUGUUGACAGCGUUUAAAAUGUUGUUAGUUUCUUAAAAGAUUAAAAUGGCUAAGUGAGUGAGAGUAGGUAUAGUAUUGACUCUCCGGAAGGUAACAAGCACAACAAGCGCACUAAACAAUGUAUUUUAUUCGUUGGUUAGGUGACGUUUACAUACAUGAUUGUCCUAUUGAACAUGAGAUUCCAGUCUGGUUAAUUGUAUCGGGUGUUGUGGCCUUGUUCCAAGGGUUAUUUGCUCCAGCGUUUCGUAAUGACGGGAAAUCAGAACGAACUUCUGGUCGUCGAAUUUUUCAGGCAGUUGGUCUAAUUAUCAAUAUUUUUCAAAUGGUUUGGUUCAUUAUUGGAAGUGUCUGGGUUUAUGGCAACUACGAACCAAGUUAUAAUGAAGCUGAUGGUGACAUGUUUUGUAAUGAAACAGUGUAUUUGUUUAGUUUCUGGAUCUUAAAUGUUACCUACAUUGGCUUGUGCAUCGCUUUAUUCGUCUCCAUUGGAGUUUCCCUGUAUAAUAGAGGCCUAAGUUCGUACUAA